AUGGGGACCAUACAGCUACAAUCAACAUUAGGGCUCAUCUAUCUGACGCUGCUUCUCUGCUCUUUUACUCAUACUGGUGAGUGACUCCUCAAAGUUUCCUCCAGCAUCUUUAUCUCCCCACGACAUGUUUGAACAUUAAACAAAGAGGAAGACUGGAAGCUGUUACUCCUUGGAGUGUGCUGUAAGAAACUAAACUUAAUGUGGUUUCUCAUCUUCCAGAAACUCUAUGAGAUGACCUGAGUAAUCCACAAGGGUUUUGUUUUUUAUUACUGAAUGAUUAAUUACUUGUUCAGUCUGUUAAAAGUCCUUAAAUGAAAAGUGCCCUUCACAACAUCUUUGAAAAGUGUUUGUUGACUAACCUGAAGAUUAAAAAACUCUUCACUAACUGUUGCAGCUCUAGAGAUGCAGCAAACUCUCACAGCUGGAGUGAUGGAUCAAGCAAACAUGACAUGUUUCUGUCAGAAAUUAUUUCACCUUGAUAAAAUGACCACAACUUGUAUGGCUGUGUUGUUUUAGGUAAAGCUCAUAUUGACCGUGUGUGCUCAACCUGGGGAAACUACAACUGGAAGACUUUCGAUGGACAAUUCUACAGACUGCCAUCCUCCUGUAACCAUGUCCUGGUCUCACAGUGCAAGGAAUCCUUUGAGGGUUUUAACAUCCAACUAAGACACACAGUCAUUGACAACAUUCCCACCAUCGGCAAAAUAAUCAUGAAACUGGAUGGUGUUAUUGUGAAGAUGUGCAACAGCUCAGUGGAUGUUGAUGGCCAACCGUAAGUUCUAAAAUUAGUCUCCUAAACGUUUUAAUAGAAAAAGUCUGAAGUAUAUUCUUUUUUUUAUUUUUUUUAAGACCUAACAGUAAUCCACUAUAUAUAAAAAAUUGUAACAGUAGUUGAAAUAUGUGUAACGUUAUCUAAACAACAUUAAUAGUUGUUAUAAGAGUAUGUUAUCAGCAGCAACAGUGAGGCCACAGCACUAAUCCAAGGGAACACAUGGAACAGGGUAGCACCAGACUCCCAAGUGAUUGAGAGAAAGAAAUAUGAAUAAUGAGAUGUACACAGAUGGAGAGAAACAGGGCCUUGCUGUAUCAUGUUCUUAAAGGGGUAGUAUUAUGCUUUUUCACAUUCACAACAAAAGAAAGGAAGUUACAUUUGUUUUGUUUUGGUGUCCAUACUAGAUGUACACAAAUUUUCAAAUCACAAGGUUAAAGUAUAUUGUCAUAAACCUAGAAAACUGCUCAAGACAGUUUGUCGGGAAAUCACAUGAUAUCUCACUGAACCGUCGUUAAGUCUUACUAAACUAAUGAGGUCAUUGCAAUAGGCUCUCCUUACUGGUUUAUCUGUGCUUCCGGCACAGCCAAGCAGCGUGCAACCAGCAAUGCAUAAGGUGACAUCCACAGUUAACGCCGCUUUACUGCACUACCCAAUUGACACUACCUUCCUAGUUUCAGAUGAACUGAGAACUCUCCAGCAAGUUUUUAGCCUUUUUACAUUUUUUUAAAACUACUCCCUUUGAGAUUUUUCACAGAUUGAAUUUAUGGUAUAUAUGUCUCUCACUGGACACAGCUGCUGUCAUCUGUCUCACUUUUUGUUCUAACUCUGCGUGUCUCCCAGGGUGACUCUGCCAUAUACCAGAUAUGGCACAAGUAUCAAAAGGACCACAUCCGGUAUCUUUGUUAACUCAAACAUAGGAGUCAAGUUAUUCUGGAACAUGGAUGACUCUCUGGAUGUAAGAAGCACAUUCUCACAUUUCCACAUGUGUUUUUUUUUCAUCAGUCCAGUUAUUGGAAGAACAAAAUAACAAGUUUACAUGACUGUGAGUUUAGUAAAUAACCUCAGAUCAUAGAGCAAGAUUUGUGACCAACCAUAAGAUCAACCAUUGGAUCUGAUGGUGCAACUGCAUAAGCCUGCUCUGGCAAAUUCUUGCCCUGUAUACAGAAAUAUAUAUUUUUUAAAAAGAACAUGGUCCGAGGGCAAAAUAUAUCCAUGGACACAGAUUUUCUUUUUAUGCAUGUGUUAGUUAGCAUAAACCUCUAAUAAAUUAAAGGAAGGAAAAGAAAUUUACAUCCAUAUACAUAAUUCUGGCUAUGCUUAAGUGGAUGAUUUGAGAUUAAAACCAGUGUUAAGGUUUUAUGUCAUCUUAUAUCUUUCUUACAUCAUAUCUUUUUGAAUCAAAUCCCCUGUAUUAAACCAUUAAUUGAUCCAUAAAAUUGAUUCCUGAUACACAGCCCUAGUCUGAAACCAAGAGUGUGAGUCGAUAAAGAUGGACAAAAAGAUAAUUGUUGAGUUGCAUCUAGUGUCGAAUAAAAAGGCUGACCGCAAACAUCUUCACUUCAUUACCUUAUGACUUUAUUUGUUGCACUCAAACAUUUUGAUUGAUGAGCAGUCAAUUAAAAAUUUUGCUUAAUUUUGGCCUCAAAAAUUAUAGCAGUGUUGUUUCUGAUUAUUAUAGCCUCGUAGAUAACAAUGGUAAUAUCUGAACUCUGAAAAAGCCUAACAGAUAUUAAAUGCAACAGCUGUUAUGUUUUAACCGAAAAGUACAGGAAAGUCACAUGAACUUUUGUGGGAUAUAGCCACACCAGUAGCAUCAGUGUAUGAUCAACACCUGAGUGACCUUGAAUUAGAGAGACCUCUUCCCCCUGGGAACCACAGUAACCAUGUAGCCAUUUCAUCUGUCAGGUUGAGGCUUUCCCCAUCAAUCCUUAAUAUGUAUCUGGGUGCAGAUAAUUUCAGAAUAACAGAGGCUUUUCUAUAGUCAGUUACUCAGCAUCCCCAAAGGAGGCUAAGAGCAUCUGAUUUUCUAAUAACUACUAUUUUUGUGGGCUGUGUUAACAGAUUGAAAUUUCAGACGAAUUCAAAAACCAAACUUGUGGACUCUGCGGAAACUUUGACGGCAUAGCCAAUGAUUUCACUGACGACGGUAAGGUCCUGCUUGGUGAAAUGAAGACAUUACACACUGCACAUUAUACUGGCAGUGGUACACUCUAAAGUGCUUUUUACUUUUUCCUUUAAAAUUAUCACUGUUUGGCAUUGAAAAGACUUUAUUGUGAGGAAAUUCAGUGUUUGUAUCCUGGUGUUGACAAGAAUACAAUGCAUAUAGGUUGACAAUCAGCACAUAACAUUAGAGUGUAAGAUGCUGGCAGCCAAACCAUACAUAGAACAGUGUAACCAGGUAGCUGGCAUAGUGUACAGGAACAUAUUUAUUUAUUUAUUUAUUUAUUUUAUUUCAAGAAACAGGUUGCUUCAUAAACGUAGAAAGAACCAUCACAUUACCAUUUCCAUUUUCAAUGACUUUUCAACUGUUUAUUUUUAUUAUUUCAAUUUUUAGGUCAUUAUCCUGAAUUACUGAGUUUUUGUCUUAAUACUUUAUUAAGGCAAAACAACGCAACCACCAUUUUUUUUUCUAUCUAGCCUCAGCUGAAGUAUCACUGAGCAUAUAACUUUGAUUAACCCUGUGACUUCUGCAACUGGUUAGGAGCUUAUCACAAGGGAAAAAACUGUCUUCAGUUUUAGCCUUUGAGCACAAAACUAUAACAACCCAAACUUCCUGAAGCAAGUCACUAUCUAAAUAUUCUUAGUAAAGGCUGACCUUCACCUGUCUGAAAUCUAAAGGCUUAAAAAUCUUGGACCUCCCACAAUCAGUGAAAAUGCUGCCACAAAGCUUUUGAUAUUAGGCCAAAUAAUCUUGAGAUAACUGUGUGAUUUGAUUGUACUGUAUCGUAGGGGCUAUGGUUUCUGUGACAGACUUUGCUGAGAUGUACAAGGUGAACAAGCCAGAAGAGCACUGUCAGGAGAAUGAACCAACCAAAGACAAUCCCUGUGGGGACAUGGUACGCCUGCAUUUUUAUCAUCAUCACCAUCAUCAUUAGUCACUUAUUAGAGAGAUCAUUUGGAUGUGACACAAAACAUGUCCUUUUUCUGAGCUUUCAGCAGCAGAGACCAGACAUGCAAAAUGAAAAUACUACUACUGCAACGACCAUUAGGUCUACUUAUUAUUAUUAUUUUUUGUUGUUGUUGUUAUUAUUAUUAUUUUUGUUAUUAUUAUUAUUAUUAUUAUUAUUAUUAUUAUAUAACACAAUGUCAUUAUAUUCAUUAUCAUUGUAUAACAGCAUUGGCUGUCUGAUGAACAGUUCUUUUUUCAUGCCAAACAUAAACCAUCAGUUUGCCAUCUCAUAGCUCUACUUUUUUUUCAAAAAAAUAAAUAAAUAAAAAUAUAACAGUAAGAUAAAUAACAAUAAAUUGACCUAGCGUUGAUACUGUAACUGUACUGAUCUCAAUUCCAAAGAAAAAAAAAACCUCACAGCAACAGUUAAUCUUUAAUUACAGUGAUAUACAGAUUAUCAGUACAGCAAUUCAGGGGGUGGCAAAUACUUAUUGUGCACCCCCAGUAUCACAGUCAUUUGAAACACCUUUUGUCACAUGAUAAAAAAAAAAAACAACUCUUACAUGGAAUCUAUAUCAAAUAUCAAAUUGGACAUGGAUGUCUACAAACUGUAACUGGGAGAAACAUUACACUGAAUAAAACAAUCUUCAAAAGUGAACUCCCUAUUCUGUAUAUUUUUGUUGACAAACUUCUCAUAUCACAAAACAUUAAGGAUGAAUGGUAAUAUUCUGAAAAUUGCUGUUAUGAAAAAGGGUAACAGGUGUGGUAGAGUAAAAGAGAAAAAAUUGACACAAAUUUGAGUUUUCUCUUAUAAAUUAAUUUUUAUUACCAACAUAACUCAAUGAUUUGCCUCACACCCCUGAAUGUGUGUGCAUUUUAGAUUUCAAAAUCAAUGCAGAUUAUUGUCGACUUUAAAAGCUCAGAGCCCCUAUACAGAAUUUUUCACAACUCUUUGAUUUGUUCUUCUUUUUCAGUAUCAUUGUAUUGGGAUCUUCUCAAAAUCUGCAUUCAGCGAGUGCCAAAACCUUUUGGAUUUCGACGCCUUCGUUCAUGUCUGUAUGGUUGACAAGUGCCUCCCUGAAAAUGAAACAGACUCCAUGCUCUGUAAAACAGUCUCAGAGUUCUCCAGACAGUGUGUCCAUGCAGGCGGCAACCCCCAAAGGUGGAGGACAGAGUUUUUUUGCCGUAAGGAUGCUAACGCCUCAAGAUAAAAUAUCUGCAGUCCUUAUCUGCAGAUGUUCCAGCUUAUCAGCUCAUUUUACAGCAACAGUAACAUAUUUGUCUCUACAGACAAGUCGUGUCCAGACAACAUGGAGUUUAUGGAGUGUGGCAGUUCAUGUCCUGACACCUGCACCACUCCUCAGGCCAGCAAAUUAUGUGACAUCCACUGCCAUGAUGGCUGCAGCUGCCCUGCUGGUAUACACACACACGCACGCACGCACGCACGCACGCACGCACGCACGCACGCACGCACGCACGCACACACAUAACCCCCUAUGAUGAAGAUGAUGAUAUCCCUUCUUAUCUUCUCAGGAACGGUCUUAGAUGACAUUGAUGACAAUGGCUGUAUUACAAUGAGUAUGUGUCCAUGUGUACACAAUGGGAAAGUCUACCAGGCUGGAGAGUCCUAUUAUCACAACUGCAGAUCCUGGUAAGACUGGAGACCUUUGUUAAGUUGGCAAAUACAGAUUAUUUCAAAAUAAAACUAAGAUUGAGAAUGGGCCUCGAUGGCAGCAAAUUUGGUUUUAUUCAAUCCAUCCCUUUCUUGAGCUUGGCUGUACCUUACCAUUAAAUCAAGCCUAAGCUUCCUAAAGAGCAAUUUUUAAUUAAGCACACACGUAUAUUGCAAAAUGUACUUGGGGAAAAUAAACCAAUUGAUGUCUUGGAAGUAAGUUUUAUGCCAAGCAUUCUGUCAAGAAAGAAUGGUUUAAUCCAUGAUUGAUGUUUUGUGUGUGUGUUUGAAUCCACAGUUUAUGUUUGGAUGGCCGUUGGAAGUGCUCAGAGGAUGAAAACUGUGAUGGAUCCUGCUCUGUGACAGGAGGAGCUCAUGUUAAAACCUUUGACGGAAAAGACUACGUCUUUCAUGGAGACUGCACCUAUGUUCUAAUGGUAGUAAACGCCAUCAUAUUUCAUAACAGUAGUGUACAACUACAUAUCCACUGGAGUUAUGGCACUGCUUGGAACAAACAUGAUAACGUGAUGAAAUCAACAGACAAAACUUUUUUUAUUAUUAUAAUUAUUGUAGCAACCCAGUAAUGUUCAUUGGUAGCAAUAUAGUACCUAACUAUGUAUGUAUGUUUGUAUCUGCAGAUAUUCUGCACUCUUAGAAUCAACCAUAUAACCACUAAAACAGCUUAUUAUAUUGAACAAAAAUAACAAUUAUGAUAAUAAGAUAAUAACACAAGCUUGGUAAUAACCUGAGUGAAAUAUUCUCCUGCAGAGUGAUGGGUUCCCAUCUGUCUUCAGAAUGAUGCUUAUGACAGGUUUAACUAGGGGGCAUGUGGCAUGAAAUUGUGUUAGAUCUAUUUUGGACUAAAUUAUUUCAGUGUGUUAAAGAACUCAUCAGUGUCUGUUGUCACAAGUUUUUUUUUUUUUGUGUGUGUGUGUGUGUGUGUUUUAGUCUCUGAUGCAUUUCUCUUUUCUAUACUGUGUUGCAGAGUGGUGCUUCAUUCACUGUACAGGUGGACCUGGAAAGGUGUGGUGGAUCUCAAAGGCAGACUUGCCUCAGAGCUGUUGUAGUGGCCUUACACAGCAAUACUAUGGUAAGUUCUACAUUAAUGUGCGAUUCAUCAAGUAGUCAUAUUACACAGCCAUGAAUGGAUCAAUAAUAUUGCAAAAAAGUGUUAUUUUGGAUCGUAAUCUGUCUGAAAUAAGUGUUGCAAUAAAUGGCUUAUCUAACUGUAUAGAAUAUUUUCAGAGCCUAUCAAUAUUUUGCAGCAAGCAAGGUUAGAGGUGUCUGCAAGAUCUUUAUGGAAAUACUUUCGUAUACGAUCUUGAUAAAAAAAAUAAUACAUUUUCUUUCUUCUCAAAAUGACAGGUGUUAAAAAUCCAUGCAUCUGGACACAUUCAUAUGAACCAGAUUCGUUCUGAGCUUCCUCUCUCGAACAGUAAGUUACAUAAAAUUUCAUUUUUAGGAGGCACAGAGCAUGGGCUCUAUUUCCGUGCCCGCCCGUGGUGUGGGGAGUGCGCUGAAAGCUCGCUGAUUCAAACCUGGUUAAAUAUCCAGUUAAUAGUCACACAUGAUGAAGUUAACAAGAUAUUAAAUUCGUCUACCCCCCUUCAAUCUCUCCCUCUUCCUCUUCUUUCUCACGCAGCCCGACUCAGACAUGUCUCCAUGUCCUCUCCCCACCCUGCUGCUGCUGCGUUGGCAAGGCUGACCAGAUGAUUUAUUUUAGUGAUCAGAUGAGUUAUUUACUUUGAAAAUUUAAACAAAAAAAUAAAAGAAACUUCCAUUCAAAAUUACCUGUUUAUCUAAUGUUCUCACAUCCUAAAAUUCUGUAAAUAUUCAAUCCGCAGUUAGGCUCACAUAAAAAUAUUAUAAUGUUCAGUUCAGAGCCAAGCUCAUUUUAUAUGCCAACAUCGGUGAAAGAAAGAGCCAGGCCAUGGAGCGCGGUCAUUCUUUUUGCACAGGUGGUUCAGAUUUUAAUGCCAUUGUUGGAAUUUUUUUAUGUUGUGAUCUGUGCACACAACCCACCUUUUUCAUGUGGAGUGUAAAUACAUACAACUCGACGUGAUUGUCUUUAUUUGUGGAAAAGGUUGUUUGUCUUAUCAGUGGGUACAAGCUGCGUCCUGUCGCCAUCGUGUGGCAUUGCUUUCUUCAGCCAUCUCUUGAUCUCUUCAACUACUUCACAAAAAUUGUCAUGCGCCUCGCUGGUGGUGGAUUUAAAGGUGAGGAGAGGAGCUGGUGUGAUUAGUGAAAACAGGACUCAGCUGUGUGAAACCCACUCCACGCCUUCUCCCCUCCCUGAAAAUAGAGCCCCAUGUCUUGGCUUAGAAGAACCAUAAGUUACAACCUUCAUCUAUACACUUAAAAAGACUGCAAAUAAUUGCAGACGUAAAUGCUUUUUAACAGGCACAUAUUUUGAAUUGACAAAUAUAAAAGGUCCAAGUUGAUUGGAUAAUAUUUGAUAACACACUUAAGAAAUUGGAGCUCCAACUCAGGAGGAAGUAAAAUAAGUCAGUAUUUAUUUAUUUCUGACCAGUCUCAUCAAAGUAAGUGAACUGCUCAUCAGGAAUCUGUUAAACUUUUGACAGAACUUCUCAAACAAAACAGUUGCUUUAAAUGUAAUUUUUUUAUAACCAGUAAAUGGUGAAACAGUGGGUGAAAAAAUGAGCAACAAUAAUAGUAAUAGUAAGAACAUCAAGGUGCACUGACAACAUCCAGAAUAGAGCUUUGAUUCCUCCCUGUGGGCCUUGUCUUGUAUGUCCUCUUUCUGUCAAUAAAGGCCCAAAAAUACCAUAAUAAAUUAAAACAAAAAACAAAACAACAACAAAAACUACAGAACAUCAAUGUGUUGUAAAUGGGCAAAUAUGACAUAGAAGUCUGCAAGUGCCUAUGAUUAGUCAGACAGACCAGAAAACACUAUUCAAUUUCAGUUACCAUUUUAAAGAGAUCACCCCUUUUAUCAACAACCAAUUAAAAUUAGCGAGUUCUUACUUUGUAAAUGUCACCAGGAAAGCUUCCCCCAUGGGGAUCCAGAUUUGCAGCUCUGGCCUGACGACUUGAAGGGCUCUAUUUUCGUGCCUUGCCGGAGGUGUGGCACAGGCACAGUGUAAGUCAGGUCCGCCGUGCCGACAAGGCGUGCCCAAGCACACUUUGGUAUUCUGGUGAGCGGCCCAGUCCGGCAUAAGUAUCCCCCCUCCCUAACUCAGCUCCUCCCAGCGGCGUAAGUCGUACGAGAGGGAGGAGAGAGGGCGUGGAGUGGAUUUAACACAGCCAAGACCUGUUUUCACCAAUCAUAUAAGCUCUUCUCCUCACCUUUAAAUCCGCCACCGGCGAGGCGUAUUACAAUUUUCGUGAAAUAGUCAAAGAGAUCAAGAGAUGUCUGAAGACAGUAAUGGCACACGAUGGCGACAGAAGGCAGCCCCUCAACAAGUGUCGCUGUAAGCGCUGCAGAGGGCGUCCUCCACACUGUCUCAUUUAAGCACAGAUGGAUUGGAUCCGCUGGUAAGACAAACGCCCUUUUCCACAAAUAAAGACAAUCACAUAAAGUUGCACAUAUUUAAACCCCAUGUGACAAAGGUGGGUUGUGGGCACAGAUCACAACAUAAAUUCCAAUUAUGGCAUUAAAAUCGGAACCAUCUGUGCAUAAAAGACGCAUCGCGCUCCGUGGCCUGGCUCUUUCUUUCAUAGAUGAUGGCAUACAGAAUAAAUUUGGCUUACGCAACUGAAUAUUAUAGCAUUCAUAUGGAGGCUGAAAGUAAAUAACUCAUCUGAUCACUGAAACAAAUCAUCUGUUCAGCCGCUGCAGCAGCAGUAGCAGGACGGGGAGAGGACACAGAGACAUGUCCAGGUCGAGCUGCAUGAGAAAUAAGAGAGGAGAAAGAUAGAAAUAGGUAGGGAGACAAAUUAAAUAUCUUGUUUACUUCAUCAUGUGUGUCUAUUUACUAGAUAUUUAAUUUAAUUUACGGCGAUUUCAGCUGUGUUAAUUUGGACAGGCUGAGUGUCUCAACGUGUGCCAAAUGCACUCAUCAGAUCAGAUAUAGAUUAGAAUGUAUCUACAGAUCUAAACGUAUUUGCUGACUCCGAAUACUGGUCGUCAUUGAUUAUUUAUUGCACUGAAAUGUGCCCGACACUGUGGAAACCUGCCAGUGAGGCAUCAGUGACGUAUGCACAUUACGCCACUGGUCUGCCAAAAUACCACUAGACCAGCUGCGCUUCGCCUGCACUGAAAGCUGACCAGGUUUCAGCACACUUUUUACGACGCCGGCGAGCACGAAAGUGUCACUGCGCCAGCUGAGUCUGUCGACACCUCCUACCCUACCAUGCCCAGCCUGGCGGACCUCAGUGCGCCUCAGUCUACAAAAAUACUUUACUGCCUGUGAACCGGGCUCCGCCAGAAGAAAAUACCACCCCGCGGGGCACGUCAACCUCCGCCGCGGCGCCGGCAGGCACAAAAAUAGUGCUCAUUGUCUCAUCCUCAAAUGGACACUGAUGAUGCUGAAUGGUCUUGAAGUAUAUCAGAUAGUAUAGCAAUGUGAGCAAUAAUAAUCUCAUUUAUGUACUUACAUACAGUGAAGAACUGAUUGUAGAUAAAAUAUCUGUGUAAUUAAAACACACUAUCUUAAUAUAGAUAGUGUGUUUUAAUAGAUAGUAUAAAAUGUGCAAAUGUUUCAAGUACUAUUUCAUCUACUUAGAUUUGUAUUUGGAAAACAAACAUCCAGUCCUUAUUGUAAGCUCAGAAAAUGACCAAUCAUAAAAAGGAAUGAUGUAGUUUAAUUGAUCACUUGUUGUGAUUGGUCAGUCGGGGUCUUUUGUAAUAUCACUGCAUGUUUGAUCAGAGGAUGGUGUUUGAUUAGGAAUGCACAAAGGUGACCUGGGUUUGCCCACAGAUUAUGAUCCCCGUGAUAGAAUAGGGAAAUAGCACAUUGAAAAUGAGAGUUACUGAAGUCUAACAGUAAUGAGAUUAUUUUAAGUUACAAAACUGUGCCAUUAAGCUCUUCAAAUCUUUUGACUGCUGCAGCUGAGCUCAACGUAUUCAAGCAGUCAUCCAUCUUCAUCUUUGUGAAGCUCAAGAUUGGCAUCAACAUUGCAGUUCAGCUGACCCCCAAGAUGCAGGUCUUCGUCAUUGCAGACUCAUCACUUAGAGGAAAAAUUGUUGGUAUGUGUCUAAAAACAUGGACUCCAUAUUUAACCUGUAGCUUAAUCUUGGGUUAGCCAACAUUUCAGAAUACAAGCUAAAAAGAAAUCUUGUUUCAACAGGUUUGUGUGGUGACUUCAACAAAAAAAUGAAUGAUGACUUCAAGACUCCUGCUACUCUGGUGGAGAGCACUGCUACAGCAUUUGUAAACUAUUUCAAAACCAGAAGCAGCUGCCCUGAUGUAACCACACGCUUAGGACAUCCCUGUGACCAGGGCAUCAACCGCGGUACAACUUAACUUCUCAUAUCUUUUUCCACCCGAACAUACUGUAUCUAUUAGUGCAUUUAAAGACAAUCCACUGGACCAUAACAAACCACCAUGUGUUUUUGUUUUGUAACCAUGAAUUUCUGUUUUUAUUCAGGACAUUUUGCACGGUACUGGUGCUCCAAACUAUUGGAUCCAAAAGGACCAUUUUCAGUAUGCCACCACUUUGUUGACCCACAUCCAUACAAAGAAGUGAGUCUAUGCUAACAAGGCUGUGAUGACAAAUAUACUUGACAACUGUUUUCUUGCUAAUGCUUGUUGUGCCUUUCACAGAACUGCAUGUAUGAUAGCUGCAACAGUGAUAACAGUGAAGAGGGCAUGUGUGCUGCUGUCUCAGCAUAUGUCUUUGACUGCGCAGAACGAGGAAUCCUAGCUAUUGGCUGGCGCGCACAUAUCUGUGGUGAGCAAAACAACAAGGACUUCUUGUAUUCAAUGUUGUGUUGUAAAGGGUGUCUGUAAAAAGCAGCUAAUCACAUAUGACAAGACAGAGAUCAAGGACAGCAUAUUCAAUGAGUGAUACCCCUAACUUUCUCACACCUCCUCUACAAGGUCAAUACAGCUUAUGUCCAGAAAAAACAGUCUAUCAUUACAACAUGACCAGCUGCCAGCGUACCUGCCGAUCCCUCAGCCAACCUGACUACUCCUGCCAGGCCAGCUUCACUACAGUGGACGGCUGUGGCUGUGCUGCAGGAACCUACAUGAAUGAGAAGGGGGAAUGUGUGACCAGUGAUGAAUGUCCUUGCUAUUACGAUGACGACAGUAUUCCUGCUGGACAAUCUGUGUCAAUAAAAGGCCACACUUGGUAAAUACGAAGUGCUGUGAUCUCAAGGGUUGAGCAUGAAGGGUAACAAACACACAACAGUGGUUAACCUAUUGCACUUCAAGUAAACAGAGAUCAUUUCAGAUUCUCUGAUAGUAAAACUUCAUGUGGUGCAAUCUCAGCUCUCUUAAGGAUAAUGAACCAGACUACUAAAACAGGGAAUCUGUGGGGUCUUGAAAGUGUGAACAGUCAGGAAAUCAAUUCAGUGGAAUUUCAGGCCUUUAAAAGUAUUUAAAAGUCUUUAUCACCUUCUUGCAAGGCAUCAACUUAUUUAUUUGAUGUGAGUUAAAUAUCUGUCAAGUAUUUGUACACAAAACACUUGAAUUUUAACAUUUUGUUUGUGAACAAAGGGUUAUACAACAAAACUAGUCACAUCCAGCACAAACUAAUACAGAACUCUUUGAAUAUUCUAUUUCUUCUGCUGAAAAACAAAGCACAGUGCUGAAUGAUGAAAUUGACACUGUUUUUGUACGCCUCUGUACCUGUUUUCACAGUUUCUGCAGACAUGGAGCUCUCAGCUGUGCAAAUUUCCCAGAAGGUAGGUUCAAAAACCUAAAUCUUCAUUCUUACUACUGUGGGCUUCUGUAUGCUGUUGUGCUUUUACACAUUUAGAAUAGAAUAGAAUAGAAUAGAAUAUUUCUUUAUUGAUCCCGCAUGGUAGAAAUUUUUUUGUCACAGCAGCAUCACAGACAAAGAGUGCAAAAAUGCAGUUAUAAAAAUAAAGAUCUUAAUAUUAAGAACUUGAAUAAAUGUUAUAAUUAAGAAAAAAAUAGAAAAGGAAAAAGGGAGAAGAAAAAUAAAACUAUCUACAAUGUACACAAUUUAAAUGCCAGGAAAAAGUGGUGGUGUAAAUCCAGUUAUUAUUACAGUUCGUUGUAAAGUCUUAUUGCAGAGGGGAGGAAUGACCUGCGGUAGCGCUCCGUCUUGCAAGGUGGGAGUCUUAGUCUGCUGCUGAAGGAGCUGCUUAAAGCCUCCACAGUCUGGUGCAGUGGGUGAGAGGGAUUGUCCAUGAUGGAUACAAGCUUUGUUAACAUCCUCCUUUCACCCACCUCCUCCAGGGAGUCCAAAGAACAGUCCAGGACAGAACUGGUCCUCCUGAUAAGUCUAUUCAGUCUCUUCCUGUCCCUCUCGGUGCUCCCUGCCCCCCAGCAGACCACUGCAUAGAAAAGUGCAGAUGCUACCACAGAGUCAUAGAAAGUCCUGAGCAGAAUCCUGCACACCCCAAAAGACCUCAGUCUCCUCAGCAGGUGGAGACGACUUUGGCCCUUCUUGUACAGGAUGUCUGUGUUGGUUGACCAGUCCAGUUUAUUGUUGAGGUGGACACCCAGGAAUCUGUAGGACUCCACCAUCUCGAUGUCCAGACCCUGUAUGUUCACUGGAACUGUUUGAGGUGUCCCCCUCCUGCGGAAAUCCACAACCAUCUCCUUUGUCUUACUGGCGUUGAGCUGGAGGUGGUUUGUGCCACACCAGUUGACAAAGUCAGUGAUGACAGUCCUGUAUUCCCGCUCAUCCCCUGACGAUACACAUCCAACGAUGGCUGUGUCAUCAGAGAACUUCUGGAGGUGACAGCUCCCAGAGUUGUAGCUGAAGUCUGAGGUGUACAGGGUGAAGAGGAAGGGGGAGAGCACUGUCCCCUGUGGAGCCCCCGUGCUGCAGACCACCAUGUCCGAUAGACAGUUCUGAAGCCACACAAACUGUGGUCUGUCGGUGAGGUAGUCCAUGGUCCAUGCGGCUAGGUGACAGUCCACUCCCGCCCUCUCGAGCUUCCCCCUGAGCAGUGAAGCCUGGAUGGUGUUGAAAGCACUGGAGAAGUCAAAAAACAUGACCCUCACAGUGCUGCUGGUGUUCUCCAAGUUGAGCCAUGGACCUCUGCAGCAGGUAGAUGACUGCGUCGUCCACCCGUAUGUUCGGCUGGUACGCAAACUGCAGAGGAUCCACAUGAGAGCUCACCAGGGGGCCGAGGUUCCUCAGCACGAUCCUCUCCAGAGUCUUCAUCAGGUGAGAAGUGAGGGCCACAGGUCUGAAGUGGUUGGGCUCCCUGGGGUGUGCUGUCUUGGGGACAGGAAUCACGCAGGAAGUCUUCCACAGUGUUGGGAUCCUCUCCAGACUCAGGCUCAAGCUGAAGAUGUGCAGUAGCACCUCACAGAGCUGGUCUGCACAGUCCUUCAGGAGUCUGGAGCUGAUGCCAUCAGGACCCGUGGCUUUCCUUGGCUUCAUCUUCCUCAGCUCACUUCUCACCUGGUCAGCUGUUAUGGAGAGACUGGGGGUGGUGCUGGGGGGGGGUGGUGGAGGAUGAGUGGAGGGGGGUUAAUGAUGCCGGUGCCAUGGGACUGAGGUGGUGUGAAGAAGAAGCAGCAGACAGGUCGUUGGUUUGAUGAGUUGGGGGAGGAGUGGGAGCAGAGUCAAAUCUAUUGAAGAACAGAUUCAGCUCGUUGGCCCACUCCCUGUCUCCUGCUUCAGGUCCCCUCUUGUGGCCCCUGCUAUGACCUGAGAUGGAUUUCAGGCCUCUCCAGACCUCUCUUGUGUUGUUCUGUUGCAGAAGGUUUUCCAUCUUGGUCUUGUAGCUGGCUUUCCCCUCUCUGACCCUCUUCUUCAGCUUCUUCUGCACCCUCCUCAGCUCCUCCUUGUCCCCAGAUUUAAAGACCCUACUCUUCUCCUUCAGGAGGACUUUAAGUUCCGGGGUCACCCAAGGUUUGCUGUUGAAGAAACACCGUACUUUCCUGGUGGGUACGGUGUUCUCAACACAGAAGUUUAUAUAGUCUGUGAUACAGUCUGUCAUGGUGUCGAUGUCAUCACCAUGUGGGCCGCACAGUACAUCCCAGUCUGUGGUCUCAAAACAGUCCUGCAGCACCUCAGUAGCCUCCUCAGACCACCUCUUAACAUACCUGAUGGUGGGGGGUUGUUUCUUCACCAUAGGUAUGUAGAUGGGCUGCAGUCUUGUGAUCUGAGCGGCCCAGCGGAGGGAAGGGGGGAGGAGGUGUAUGCAUCCUUGGGGUUUGCAUACAGUAAGUCCAAAGUUUUAUUGUCUCUUGUUGGGCAGUUUACAUACUGGCUGAAGGCAGGGAGAGUGGAGGAGAGCGAUGCAUAAUUUAAGUCUCCAGAGAUGAUGAUCAGAGACUGAGGGUGUGAUGUUUGUAGCUUGGACACUUCACCAUGGAGGAAUUCACAGGCUGCAGCAGCAUCAGCCGAGGGGGGGAUGUAAACAGUUAACGCGAUGACGUGCGAAAACUCCCUCGGCAGGUAAUAUGGCCGCAAACUCACAGCCAGCAGCUUAAUGUCCUUAGAGCAGCGCUGCUCUUUAGCACUGACGUGCCCAGCAUUACACCAUCUCUCAUUCACAUACACCGCUAUCCCGCCUCCUUUCUUCUUACCACUCUCCCUCACGCUCCGGUCCGCUCUGACGAGGUGAAAUCCGUCCAAAGUUACGAGCGGGUCUGGAGUGAGUUCGUUCAGCCAUGACUCCGUGAACAUCAUGAGGCUGCACUCCCGGUACUCCCACUGCAGCCUAGUCAGCGCUGUGAGCUCUUCCAUUUUGUUGGGAAGAGACCUCACGUUUCCCAUGAUGAUGGACGGGACAGUUGGUUUGUAACGUCUCGGCUUUGCCGGAUGCUGAACUCCAGCUCUGCAUCCUCUCCUUCUCCUGCGGAGCUUGGCGGGGAUGUCCGGUCUGUCCAACGAGGGUGGCCGGGCUUGGCGCAGCGCCAACAGCUGUUCACAGCUGUAAACAAUGGGGCUGCUGAACGGGUCGCCGGUCGCGGACUUAAAAACUCCAAAAAGUAAAAGAAAACAAAGUGCUAGAGUCAUGAAAUGCAAAUCCAUGGUUGGAAUAUGCAAAAAACAACAAUAAGAAGGCAAAAAUGUAAAGUCUGUGAGGAGCUGCUGUGACUUGCUGCCACUCUCAGGGCGCUCGAGUCAACCAACCAAUUUAUAAGUGAUGCAAUAAAUCCUUGUCAAAUUCUACUGAAUUUGCCCACAAUCCAUCAGUUUAAUACAAAGGUCUGUUCAGUGUCGACAAGUACUCUAGAUUCUGUGGUCCUGACUUAAUAUUAAUUGUAAUCACAGCAGACUUAGUGGACAUGUUGUUGAGGUAAACCAACUCUCAGCAGGCAGUGAAAACCUGCACUGACUGUGCAGGGUGGUGAGUGCAAGAGUUUGGAUUUUACAUUCUUGCAAUGAAGUUGAACUCUGGACCAAUUUGCUUCAAAUAAAUGCAUCGUGGCAGGCAACUGCAAAGAGACAUUUUGUUCUGCAAAGCUGUUUGGGUCACAUUUUGCAAAUCAGACACUGCCUUUUAAGGAAUACGAAGAGGUCAAAAAGCCAGCAGUUCUCUUAGAACCAAGCCCUCAGAGCAAAAUAUAACAUUGGACAAAUUAGAGGAAAUUAAACGCAUACAGCAGACAGAAAUCAACAAUACUGGUGGGAAAAAAAAUUAGAGCAUUAAUGUGUAAAAAAGGCUAAUAUGGUCUGAUCUGUCAUUACUGUAUGCUCACAUUAAGCAGCAGCUCACAUUCACUGAAUUAAUGUUCUCCCUUGUGUGUAAACCUUGAAGAUGUAUAAUCUCAGCUGCAGCAGUACUAGCAAUGUACUGAACAGAAAAGACCUAAAGAUGUAGAAUGAUAUUCAAAGUGGUGAAACACCUAAAAGGCAGUGGUGCUUCUCUCAGUCUGUUGCAUCAUGAAUAUACUGUAUUUUGAUAUGUCACUUGUGAAAAUUACAGUGAAAGACAACAUAUUCCAUCAUAACCUUCUCCAGGGCAGGUAAAAUAAAUAAAUAAAUAAAUAAAUGGAAUAGAGCAAAAAACUGCAACCUUUUUUGUGUUGUAGAAGAAAUGUGGAAAAUUUCAUCAAGAGGUGAUAGUUUUGAAGAAAAGAAAAGUUGAUCCAUUGAGAAAAAAUAAGUAUUUGGCAGCAGGUGAUGUUUGUUGCAAAGUAGAAAAAAAACACAAAGAAAGAUCAUAUACACUGUAUGUAGAGAAGUACAACUAUAUUGUACAGAUGAAAGAAAUGUGUAUUGCACAAAGUAAAUUGUUUUUUUGUUGCGUGAUUAGCUGAGAGUGCUUCAGGGACCUUAACCAACAAGAGUUAACUAACACUGUAGGACCAAAAACCCAGAAUUGACCCUCCUGCUUUGUCGCACCUGCCUUUGGAGUUUUAACAUAACUUAGUUCUAUCAACUAAGUGUGCUUUACUAUCCAGGCCCACCAAAAUGCACCUCCCCCAUGGUUUACUUCGACUGCACCCAAGCACAACCUGGGGAGGCUGGAACUGAGUGUGCGAAGAGCUGCGGCACUCUGGACAUGGCUUGUGUAAGCAGCACAUCGCACUCUUACAAUCAGAGAAGAUUUACAAGUACAAGAAUUGUUUGUCUGAAACUGCCUUUUUGUCUUCUACUCUGCUUGAAUACAGGUCAGCUCAGGCUGUACAUCCGGCUGCAUGUGCCCCAAAGGCCUGGUGUCAGAUGGAGCAAGAGGCUGCAUCAAAGAGAGCAAUUGUCCAUGUGUGCACAAUGGACAAGCUUACCAUGCUGGAGAAACACUGACUGUGGACUGCAAUACCUGGUUUGUACAACGCCCUACAUAAACACCAUUAUAACGUCAAUAACUAGGAAAUUUCCUCUGGGAAAUUUUGAAAGGGCCAUGAGGGCUUCUGCAGGGGUGUGUACAUUAUAAUGAGAUUCUUUAGAGAUUCAAAUUAUUAAUGCAAGUAGCAUUUUGAUAAUAUAUACAAGGAGCACACCUCCAGCAAACAUUUCUUAUCAAGUAUUUAUUCAUACAAACAAAAAACAGAGGCGUAGCAGUAGAUGUUUGAAAAACCCAAAUAAUUGCUCUUACGUUGCGUAGAGUUGAUAGUAUAGAAAAAUUACCACACCAAUCCUGAUCAAACUGCACAUUUUGAUACAUAUUUUGUCCUAAAACUCUUCAAAGUGUAGGACAAGUAGCAAAUCAAAAUUUGUUUAAAAGAGGAAUAAGAAAAAUCUACAGGAUUACACAUAUAUAGUACAGGGGCCAGUGCCUUGGGGCUUUGCCCUGUGGCCCUAAUAAUGAUAAUUGAUAAGAUUAAUAUAAAAUCUGCUGCCAAUUAGACCUGCUUGUUUUAUUUUAAUUUUGUCCCUCAGAGUAUCUGUCAACAUGAAACACUCGAAAAUAGUUGGCUAAAAGACACAUUUUUGAUUGGUGCUUUGUCACUACAUUGAGACUAUAAUUAAAUGUUAUAGCACAUCAGAAUUUUUUUUAGGUAAUAACAAUGCCAAAAUCUGGGUGAUGUAGAUAGUUGCAUGGGUCUCACCAAUUUCUAAUUUAUUUAUUUUUUCCAAAGCUUAUUGAAAUAUUUCCAUCGUUUUUGUGCACUUUGUGCACUCAUUCAGUGUUGUUUGUCAUUUAAAAACUUUGUUCUAAAAAUAAUGAGGUAUUUUUAAAAUAUUUUUUUUUACCAUGAUGACAAACGUGUUCAUUCUGUUCCAAAGGUAGUUAACAAGAUGGUGCAGAUAAUCUUGUAGUAAAAUGCAUGAACAGGUCUUCCAUUGAUGUAAAAAUGAUUUCAGCAAUAUAAAAAGGUUGUCUUUUUUGUAACAAAAAAUAUAUAUAUGCUCAUAGGUGCUGUCUUUAUGUUUACAAUAAAUUAUGUAGGCCUCUGGAAAUAAACUGGCUUAGCUGUUGUUACCCCCACUUAAGUGAACACUAGUUACUUAGCUUUACUCAGAUUACAAUGAACAGUCCUUAGAUGGCCUAACUGUGCAUCCUUGUUAGUGGAACAUUUUCUCUGAUAGUAUAGAAAAACAAGGCCUUGUUACUGUCAGUCAGUGACAUUUUUUUCCCAUUCAAUACCAUUGUCAAUUUCUCAGUUGAUUCUCUGUUGUAUGGUGUUUGUGUCUUAAACCUCUUCUGCCCUACCUCAGUUAUUCUCCUCUCCCUGCUUUUUCCAUUUACAAACCAGUGUCAAGCUAACUAAACAACUUAAUUUGCACUGAUUUGAUUAUGGUAAGUCCACCCCUAUUUCUUUUUAUAACAACAGGCUGAUAUAAAGAUAUAGAAAACCUUUGCUUUGGCCCUAUCAGAAUCAAGAGGCAGUCAUAUAACAAUAUAAGUUAAAUUCCAGUGUUUUGACAGUGACCACUGGAUCAAAUAAGUUUGAUUCUAAUGCUGAUUUGGAGUUUGGGUGACAACCAAACAAAAAUUACUCAGCUCCCUUUAUCAAACACUGAGAUAUGUGAGUUGUUGCACAGAAAGAAUCAGGAAACAUCUUCGGUGCACCUUUCUUUAUUAGAGCCCCUUGGUGAUGCAAGCUAUUCUCUGCUUGGUAAAAAAAAAAGUAACUUACUCUGUACCAGUGUCUUGCAGGACCAGGAUGUAGGUUAACAACCUUCUAAUACAGGUGGUCACACAGGUGCCAUCAUCAUUUGUAGAACAACCAGAUGUAAAGACAGUUAGACAGCUUGUUUUCUUAGCUCGGCGUGAAAAUAAGCUUAUGCUGCUCUCUCAACUUUUCCCUGAAAAAAACUGUCCUUGAUAUCCAAGACCAUAAAGGUCGGCCUGCUAAUGGCAAUGAAACUCAGUUAAUCAAAGAAUUUCAGUUAAUCACAUUCAAGUACUUUUCUCUUUUUUUUUUUUUUUUUUGGUCUUUGUUUGGAUCAUUUCUUUCUCACUUAAGAUGAAACAUUCAUAGCAUUACUGUCUGAUUUAUGUGACUGUCCAUUAUGGACAGAAUAUGACCCACACAAAGCAAUAAAGUGGGUAAAGCCAGGAAAUAUAAAUGCCAUAUAUCAGGUUGUUGUGUUUACUCUUAGAUGCUGGUCACUGGGUUCUUCUUCAGCAGGAGCACGGAUGCUUCUCAGAACAGGGAGAUAAUCAUAAAAAUUUUGCUAAUGACUCUAAACAUUUGUUAUGUUGACAACAAAACUUGCAGUCAUUGAAAUAAUAAAUGUUGCUUCUAUCAUCAGUAUAAUUUCUUAGCAGAUACAGAUGAUUGAACUUUUGUAUCUUGUGUUUGUCUUCUCAGCACCUGCUUUAAUAGGAAGUUCACAUGUACCAGCAAAGUGUGUGAUGCUGUUUGUGGGAUCUAUGGUGACGGGCACUUCGUCACAUUUGAUGAUAAGAGGUUUGACUUCAAUGGACAGUGUGAAUACAAACUCCUACAGGUAAAGUUAAAUAUGGUCAGCUGUAGAGUUACACUUUUGACCCUUGUGACACCAGCCUACCUUUGUAACAACAGAUAUGGGACAGAAUGAGACUGAAGACUAAACUCCCAACAGCCUAUAAAACUCUGUUUUUGUCCGGUGCGACAGGGGUUCUUACCUGACCAGAGAAGGUGUCUUCUUAUCCUGGAUCAGAUGAAGCUAAAUUCGACUCCAUUAUUUUGGAUAGCACUGAAAAUGUUCAUAUCAUCUUACUAUGAUACUGCUGACUAUCACACUACCAGGGAUAGUACACAUUAUGGAAGGCAUAGACAAAUAAGCAGCACAUUCCUAAAUCUUAAGCUGGACAUGACCUGCUCCUGAAGGUAUUUUUCAAAUCAAACCAAUUGCCUUAACUGUAGUUUAAAUCCAAAGUAAAGAGGUAAAAAGGAAAAUUGUUACACAAGAUCAAAACAUGAACCUUGCUAUCUUAUUCAGUGUAAAGAAAAAUGCAUGAACUUGUGACACGUGCAAAUGUUUUGUCCAUUUUUGUUAAACUAGAAUGUCUUGGGGUCACAUAUUGUAUUUCAACAAAGAUGUAAUGAUUCGACUCACCACAGUAAGAUCAUUAUACUGUCUGAACACAAGGUCUUAACUUGUAGGUGACACCAGAGAUGACGGUAGAUACACUCAAAAGGUGUUGGCUGCAAAGUAUUGCAAAAUUGUUAAUUUUGUGAUCAUGAUCAAAUCAUUUAACAGUUUGCAAAAGUAUACCAUUUCAAUCACCAUCACAUAAGGUGAAAAGUUAGCUUGUGUUCAUUUCCCAUAAAUAUCAAAGUAUGUGGUAAAAUUGUGGUAGAAUUGUGGUAGAAUUGCAGUCUCAGUGAUUAUUUGACAUUAUUUGGUUUCCUAUCACCCUGUGGGGUGAGGGCAAGUCCAGUGAAAGUUGAUUUUCAGGGCCUGAGAAACUGGCAAAAGUUUCUUUUCUAAAAGUUACCAGAGAAGGGGACAACAAACAACCAAAGCUCUGUUACAUCCCUGGAAAACCUGGAGGUAACACAAUGUGUGACCCCCAUUUCUUAGAAAACAAGCAAUACAUUUCAAAAUCAAAUUUCACAUCAGUUUUAGGGAUCUUCAGUUGUGAGUGAAAGCCCAAACCAAGAAACUUAAGUUAACUAAAUUAACUCUGGAAUUAUCUCAGAAAAAAUAAACAAAUAACAAACAGCUGAUCACUUGACCAUUUACAAAGGAAAUAAAGGGAGCAAAAAAAGGCCUCUCACUCCCAAUCUGCAACCAAAAGUGCUCUAUAUUUACUCUGUUUUCCCAUUUACAAAAUAAUUGGAAGCUGGAAAGCAAUUAUCCAGUCAUCUGAAAUGUAAAAUAAAAUAUCUAAUUCACAAUUUAUCAACAAAGCAGGCCUACACAGUUAAGGCAAUUCUAAGCUUCAGAACACACAGUCUAAUGCUGUCAAUCGGAAAUGACAGGAGCAGGGGAGGGCAGACUGCAGCAGUAGAAAUUUUAAACCAAUAUUUGGUUUAAACACUCAUACAACCAAAACACACAAACAGUUUUGGUCACUGCAUUCUCUGUCUGUUUUUGUUGUGUUCAGGACCACUGCAGUGAGGGUCAGGGUAAAGAAAGCUUCAGCAUUAUCACCGAGAAUGUUCCAUGCGGAACCACAGGAGUCACCUGCUCCAAGACCAUCAAAAUCUUCCUUGGGGUAAAUACAACACAUUUUUGCUAUCUACCGCCACAAACACUGGAUCAGGACAUAAAACUUACAAACAUGGGACUUGAUAACAAUGCUAACAAUAGCAUUAUCAUUGUGAUUUUUUGAAAUAACCUUAACUCAGAAAGGUAAGGAGUAACACAUCAUAUCAUAAACUUUAAUAAGGAAUUACAUUAACAGAAUUGUUAUCAUCCAUUUCCAGUAAUUUUCAAACUAGAUCACAGGUACAGCUGGCUGAAAUGAGUUUCCUCCUCAGGGUGGCUGGCCUUUGGCUUAGAGAUAGGAUGAGAAGCUCUGUUAUGUGUGUGUGUGUGUGUGUGUGUGUGUGUGUGUGUGUGUGUGUGUGUGUGUGUGUGUGUGUGUGUGUGUGUGGUGGCAGUGGUUGUGGUGGUGGUGUUGGUGUUGGUGGUGUUGGGGGCUGCUGCUCCUCUGCCUUAAGAGGAUGCCUCCUGGAUGCCUCGCUGGUGAGAUGUUCAGGGCACAUCUCACUGGUAGGAAACCACAGGGAAGACAAAGGACACGCUGGAGAGACUCUGGGCUCUAUUUUCGUGCCUCACUGGUGGUGUGGUGCAGGCGUGGCACAAGUCAUGUCAGUCGUGCUGAUGAGGUGUGCCCGAGCACACUUUGGUAUUUUAGUGAGCAGCGCAGCCCGGCAUAAGCAUCUCCCCUCCUAACAGCUCCUCCUAGCGGUGUAAGUAGCAAAGAGGGAGGGGAUAAGGUGUGGGGUGGGUUUAACACAGCCGAAGUAGUUAAGGAGAUCAAGAGAUGGCUGAAGACAGCAAUGCCACACAAUGGCAACUGAAGGCAGCCCCUCUACAAGUGUCACUGUAAGCGCUGCAGAGGGCGUCCUCCACACUCUCUCAAUUAAGAGUAAGAGGGACUUGGUGCAUGUAAGGUUGGACAAUCACAUCGAGCUGUAUGUAUUUAAACCCCAAAUGACAAAGGUGGGUUGUGCGCACAGAUCACAACGUAAACUAAUUCCGAUAAUGGCAUUAAAAUUCUCACCAUCUUUGCGUAAAGGAGCAUUGUGCUCCGUGGCCUGGCUCUUUCUUUCAUCCAUGUUAGCAGAUAAAAUUAACUUGGCUCACGCAACUGAAUAUUAUAAUAUUCAUAUGUAGGCCUAACUCCGGAUUGAAUAUUCACAGAAUUUUAAGGAUGUGAGGACAUUAGAUAAAGAGGUUAUUUUGAAUGAAAGUUCCUUCUUUUCAAAUAUCUUGUUAACUUCAUCAUGUGUGACUAUUUACUGGAUAUUUAAUUAAUGCGGUUUCAGCUCAGUUAAUUUGGUCAGGUUGAGUGUCCAAACACGCUCAUCAGAUAAGAUAUAGAUCAGAAUAUAUCGAUAUAGAUCUAAAUGCAUGUGCUGAUUCAGAUAGUUGCACUGAAUAUUGGUUGUUGUUGAUUAUUUGUGGCACUGAAAUGUGCCUGACACUGUGGAAACCUGCCAGUGAGGGAUCUGUGACGUAUGCGCACUGUGCCGUCAUUCUACUAAAAUACCACUAGAUCAGCUGCGCUCCGACUGUACUGAAAGUUGACCAGGUUUGAAUCAGUGAGCUUUUAGCGCCCCCGCUCACGCUGCCGGUGAGCAUGGAAAUGUCACUGCCCCAGCAGAUUCUGUUGACACCUCCCCCUAACGUGCCACCAUGCCUAGCUUGGCGGACCUUGGUACGCCUCAGUCUACGAAAAAUACUGGCUGGGCUUCACCAGAUAAAAAUACCACUUCGUGGGGUGCGCCACGCUGCCAGCGAGCAUAAAAACAGAGCCCUAUGUCUCUCGGCUGGCCUGUAAAUGUUUCUGGGUCCCCCCAGGAGAAACUGGACAAAAUGGCCAGGGAGAGGGAAGUCUUGGCUUCCCUGCUUAGGCUCCCACCUCUGUGACUCGACUCUGGAUAAGCGGUAGAAGAUGGAUGGAUGGAUGAUUUAUCCGCAUGACCGCUCCUGUGACCACAAUAUCUUUGGGGAUGACAUUGUCACAUUAAAUAAUUAUUGGUCACACUUUUAUUUUGAUGUGUUUUCUGAAGCAAGAGCGCUUCAAACUUAACCAUCAUCAUUAUAGAUUUUAUCUCCUGAUUCUGAUGAAAUGCAGUACACUGAUGCAGUACAAAAUAUGUUUCUUUUAUGUCAUCCACAGGAAAAUGAAUUCCAGCUUAAAGACGGAAACUUACAUUUGGUCAAGGGCACCAGCAAAGUGUUCAAUGUUAAGAUCCAGAAGAUGGGUAUUUACCUGGUGGUCACAAUCAUGAAGGGACUGAUAGUCAUGUGGGACAUGAAGACCAGUCUUUUCAUUAAACUUGGCCCACAGUUCCAGGUAAACAUUCAGGUUUGAAUGUCAUGAUUGGAAUCUGACUUUUGCAGAAAGUACAGUAAAUAAGUCUCUCAGAGCUGUCAGAAUGCAUGACGACAGUUUGAUACGAUUAUAGCCCAGUCAAGCAGACGAAGGGUGUUGGGACCUGUCAGCCCUGAAAAUCAGUCAAGAUAUUUUGUGUCUCUGUUUCAAAUAAGUAGUUUGUAUAACUGUACAAAGUUAGAUGGUUUGUACUAGAAAUGACGUAUUGUGCCCUCAAGGACACUUAUGUAGUCUGAUACAGUAACUUGCUCUGGGCCUGACAUAUAGAGAAGAAACCUAUGGCAAAAGCAAAUCCAGUUCCACGAACAAAACUUUGAUUCUGGAUAUACACAGUUUGUAGUCAGCUGCUCUUUGGAAACAUGUGCCUCUUAAAGACAAAUCAAACCUGAGUAGAACAUGGGACACAGUUGCUUUAGGUCAAGUGAGUAAAACAUGCAACUAUGUCAGAAAUUAAUAACUAAGUCAGCGAAGGUGGUCUACAAGAAUAAAAUCUGCCUUGAGGGGAAAAGAAUAUCUCACAGACACAAACUAAUGUUCUUGUUUGUGCAAGUGAUGUUGAAUGAAAACUCAUGCUGUCUUUGAACUUCUUCCUCUCAGGGUCAAGUCUGUGGUCUUUGUGGAAACUAUGACGGCGACAGUAAGAACGAUUUCACCACACCCUCCCAGGAGAUAGUGGCAGAUGUUAUUGACUUUGGUAACAGUUGGAAAAUUUCAUCCAGUUGCCCAAAUGCCCAACCGAUCCCUGAUCCCUGUGCCUCCAAUGGCUAUCGGGCAGCCUGGUCCAAGAGACAAUGUAGCAUCAUCAUCCGUGCCACCUUCAAGAAGUGCCACUCUCAGGUAAAUAUGGUGAUAUCAAGCACAGAUCUUUGUUUGUUACCAAUCAAACCCUUUAGACUGCAAAUAUUUAAGCUGAAUAUUCUCGGUCUUUACUGAGUUAAUUCAGCAACCUUACCACACCCUCUUCUCUAUCACUUGGACCAAUAAGACAGCCUAAGACCAGCCUUUAUACCAUUGCAACCAAUGCCCCUACUCCCAUUAGUACAGAGCAACAUUACUGUCACCCUCUAUCUUUGAAACAGUGCUACAAGUACACUUUUGUCUGUUCAAGGUUGAUCCCGGUCCAUACUUUGAAUCCUGUGUAAGAGACACUUGUGCUUGUGACACUGGUGGGGACUGCGAGUGUUUCUGCACUGCUGUGGCCGCUUAUGCUGCAGCUUGUAAUGAAGCCGGGGUCUGCGUGAGAUGGAGAACUCCAAAAAUGUGCCGUGAGUUUGAUCAUUGUAUCACGAGGAUCAUCUGAGCCAGGAUGUAAAGAUUUAAUGAGGAACCUUGGGCACUGAUGAACCCUUGAUAUCUCUCACUCAAAGAUUUACAUUCAUGAGUGAAAUCAGCAGAAUUGAAACAAAUGUACUUUAUCUUUUGCAGCUAUAUUCUGUGACUACUACAAUGCCCCUGAUGACUGUGAGUGGCAUUACAAACCUUGUGGUGCUCCCUGCAUGAAGACAUGUAGAAAUCCAUCAGGAAAAUGUUCCAAACUCAUCACUGCCAUGGAAGGUAUAUUCAAAAGAUUUUAUUUUUGCUUGUAUUGUUUUUUAAAACAACAACUAAGACAACAACAAAAGUAACAAACCAGCACAAUGGCAAGCUUUGAAAAAUAGUUUCUUUGAUUCCAUAGUUGGCAACCCUUCCACGUCAUUACUUCUGAUCAGUCUACUUGCAGGACAUUAAAGGGAACAUUUCAGUUCACCCUCAAGUCAUAGUCAAUGCUGUGAUAUACAGGCUGAACAUUUUCAUUGAUGGUUAAAUUAGACAUGGUGGUCAGCACUUCUGAUAUUAAUGUAGGCUUUUGUCAGCUGCACCUCUCCUCAGAACAGUAAUGACGCCUAUAAAGAUAAAUAAGGCAAAGGUCACAACUUUUAACAUUAUUUCUCUCAUCACUACCCCUUCAGUUAUAAGUUACUGCAUAGACUUGGAGGUUCACUCAUCAGUACUGCUAUAGUUGCCCGGAUUGCAAGGCAGAUUAAAUUUAAAGUAUCCAUGAUGCUAAGCCUACUCAUUUGUUGCUAACACAGUUGAUGUUUUCACCGAAUUGUUUACUAUUUAUGAAUACCAACAGAAUUUUUUUUUUUUUCGUAUUGUCAAAAAAGAGGGCGUGAGAUGUGCUAGAUUAAAUUGUGGAUGUGGUAGAUUAAAUUGAUAUUGCAUGUAUGAUCUGGUCUUUUGUGACCUUGCUCAUGCUGUUCAGAAUUGUUAUCAGAGGGGUUGACCAUUCAGAAUCAAGUGUUUAAUAAAGCAAGGUGAUUAGAGACGAAGCUGGGUAAAAGUUUUUUUUUUUUUUUUUUCAAUAUGCUUGAAACAUUUUUUCAUGAUUCAACCAUCUAGCUUUGAGCUAUGAUUUCUUGGAGUAAAUUUCUGUAGCUCAAUUCUGCAGUUUGUUCUGAGGUUGGAUGUUGGAUGGCCCCAAGUUUUCUUCAGCUUAAUGACUCAAAAUAAAAAAUCAUACUCUUCAAUUACUCCAACUUCUCCAUUCCACAGAUAGAAAACUCCCUCGGGCCAUUUUCCUCAAUAAUCACAGCAACUGCAAGAUUGAUCAAUUAAUUGAUUGAUUGAACUUUAUUCAAUUAAGAUCCAUCUCCAAGGUUAAAUCAAUUAUGUCCCCAGCAAACGUGGGAAAAUGCUCUCAUCCCCCCUCAGUUAGAUCACUGUAACUCACUCCUCUCUGGUAUUACCCGUAAAUCUCUCUCUCACCUCCAACUUGUCCAGAACACAGCAGUUCAGCUUCUUACUGGUUUUUACUGAUGACAUUAUAUCAGUCCUGUCCUUUCCUGCCUUCCCUGACUCCCUGUGGGUUUUAGGAUUGAGUUAUAAGAUUUUUAAUGUUGUUGUUGUUGUUGUUGUUGUUGUUAAGUGUUUGUCCUCUGAGGCUCAAACUGUCCAAUAUGAAUUUGCAGGCUGCUACCCACAGUGUCCCCCUACCCGUCCCUACUUUGAUGAAGACUCUAUGAAAUGCGUUUCAUGGGAGCAAUGUGGAUGCUAUGAUAACAAGGGCAGUCAUUACACUAUCGGUCAGGAGGUUCCAUCAUCGCAAAACUGUUACACUUGGUAUGUUUUGUUCACAGAAAUGAUUUUCAAAUGAAGGGCAUACACCUCAAGUACAAAUUGAUACAUCUACCACAAUUGGACAUGCACACUUGCCAUGUUCAGAAAAAUGUCAAGUUCAUAUAUAUUUGAAAUUAUGGUACUUACUUUGAUUGUCCAGUUUGAUAGAAAACAAAAUGUACUUCCAUAAUUUCACUGCCAGUCACUUAAGCAUUGCUAAAUCUGACUAAAACAAACCAUAAUUAUUUAAGGAAAAUUAUAAUAAUGGGUUUUUUAAGGAUUUGCAUUGCUCAUUGAUGACUAUAAUUUUUUUAUCUCUACGGUGGAGAUCAGAAUUCAAGUAUCAAUUUAAAAAUAAUAAUUUCAGGAGAAUAUUGAUAUUGGUGAAAUAUCAACAAAUUCAUAAAACAGACUGAAAAGAUAACAACCAACAACUGUUUGAUGAAUGCGUGGUCACACAAGUUUAUUCUUAAAACAAUUUUAGCUUUUUUAAACAUACCGUAACUGUCUGAGAUUGACACCCUGGUUUGCAGAGAUUGCAACUUCUUUACCCCUUAAAAGGAGUUGGACUUCUGUACUUUUUAAUUGAGGAGAGUUGAAGGUGUUUAAGUAUAUAGUUAACUCUAGCUACCUGGUGGUUAUGCUAGAUGAAUUCCUUUAGGGUGAGACAAAACUCCACUGCAAAGCUUAUAAUCAGUUUUUACACACAGAGUUGAUAUAUAAACAAGUUGUAGAGGUCUAAAUGUGAUUUUACUGGUUUAAAAAUAAUAUGUCUUGAAAAAAUAGUUCCCAGUUGUGAGUAUGGUCUAGAACUGUUCUCUUCGCCACAAGGUAAUAUUUGUUGACAUUGAAUUAGUAUUUUAAAAAAUUUUCAAUACUGAUUAAUUGAUUACACUUUUUAUUUUUGUGACAUUUUCAAAUUAUAGAAGGAAAAUCAGUGUUUCACUUGUUUUUAUCAUACUAUUCAGAUUUAAGGGGUUUUGAGUGUCAGAAUCAGUAUUUAACACAAACAGAUGAAAAACAGAAGUAACAGGUGUUAACUUAUCCAUUUUUCAUCUUUUUAAAAGCCUUUGUACAAGCUCUGGAAUUGAGUGCAACUACACCGUGGAAAGUAAGUAUAAGUAUACACAGUCUGUAACAUGCACACACAAAUUGUCAUUUAUUAAAGAUGUAAAGGUAGUAUAAAAAUGUAAAUGACGGUAUUCUUGAUUUCUAGGCUGUCUGUGCUAUGUGAAUGCAAAAAGCUACAAAUAUGGAGAGAUUCUCUACCAAACCCAUGAUGGCCUUGGACAUUGCUUAAUUGCUGUGUGUGGAGUCAAUGGAACAGUGGAAAGACAAAUAUACCCAUGCACAACGACCACAACUACUGGCCCGACUACAACUCCUUUUACUUUCACUACUGCUGAAACCACAACUUCAGGUGAACCACAACUUUUUGUAAAUAACCAGAAAACUACCUUCCAUUUUGAUGGGAAAAGAACAGAAAUAUUGGUUUCUUUGAUGUCAUGUACGACUGAUUUACCAAUUACCCAUAGCCAACAACCUUAGUGACAGUCAGUGUGUUUUCAUGUUGUUUGAAAAAAGUUUUAUCGCCUAUUUCCUGAUGAAACUGUAAUUUUAAAUGUAUUUAAACAUAUUAGUCCAACAGAAAUCACACUAAAUUAAAGAGAGAGCCUGGGGGCUGGGAAGAGAUAGCUGGGGGCUGGGGGUAGAGAACCGAGAGGCUUAACUUACCUCUUGAUUUUUCCUGGCUAAAAAUAAUGUGGUGGUAGUACCUGAUAGUGGGUUCACAGGUGCAAAGCCAUCAACUGGCUCAAACCAGUGUCUUACCAGCAGUCUAUUUUAGGAGUUGUAAUUACUAGAAUUAAAAAAAAAGUCUUUUUUGACAAAAAUAAGUUUUUGGCCUAAAUCAUCUUUUGAUAAUGCUGGCCAUCUAUGGUAAAAAUUGUCUAAAUGCUUAGUUAAAAGAAUCAUGCCAUGAUCUUUACAACUAAGGAUUUAGGUGAUUUUACUGAUUUUCGGCGAUUUUAUCAUGGCAUGAUCCUUUUAACUAAGGAUUUAGGCGAUUUUACCAGAGAUGGCCAGCAUUAUCAAGAGGUGAUUUAGGCCAAAAACUCAUUUUUGUCUAAAAAUGACUGAGUCCAUUAUUUUAAUAGGGUGACAAUUUUUUAGAACCUCCUGAUGCAGUCUUAAUAUCCAAAGACUUCCUGGUUUGGACCAUCAUUGGCCACCUGACAGCAUACAUCCAGUGCCUCUCCUUAAGUUUGUGAUGCAGGGGUGUUUUUAUCUUAAAAGAUUAAAACCCUAUUAUGUCGAGCAGUCACCAUCUGAGUUUUUUGCAGUGCCUCGUCUUUGUCUCUCUGGUUUAAUGGCAGCAUUAUGUGGAGGUAAAUUCACAACCAAAGAUGCUGUACAGGUUGGCCGGUGCUAAUUCAACACAACACCACCACCACCACCUCUGGUGGUUGAAAGCAACUGCAGCUACAUAUGACUGAAAUGACAGAUCCCAACAGGAAAUGCUUGGUGGAAUAUCUAACUGAAAAAAAUUUAGCCAUGAGCUGGUGGCAGUCAGGAAUCUGGCAGUGGGUUAGGGCUGCUUCCAAAUUCUCUAUGAAGAAAAUCUCUGUAUCUGGUUUAAGUGGUGGGGAUUCAUUUUUCCUAUCAUGUAUACAACUCAAUCAAACUGAAAAUAGCCCAAGUGUCCUGCGCAUGUUCCAGUGUCACACAACAGGCUCUGAUCUGUUAGCAGCAGAUAGAGGAGAAGGCUCAAUUUUAAUUCUUUUAGAUCUCAGUGCAGCUUUUGAUACAGUUGAUCAUGCUAUUUUAAUUGAACUUAGCUGGUGUCAGUCGCAUCUUUUAGAGCAAACCUAUGCGGUUACCAUAGGUAAUCACACCUUCCCUACUUCUGCUAUCACCUUUGGUGUACAGCAAGGUUCAGUUUCCAGUCCAAUUCUAUUUUCUAUCUACAUGCUGCCCCUCGGCCAAUUAACUAAGCACCACGAGUCUACUUUCACUGCUACGCAAACCCAAGAGGCCUAGCUGCUGUCAUGGGGCUCUAUUUUCGUCUGCCAAGGCGUUCCCAAGCACAAUUUGAUAUUUUGAUGAGCGGCGCAGCCCGGCGUAAGUAUCCCCCCUCCCUAACUCAGCUCCUCCCAGCGGCGUAAGUCGUAGCGAGGGAGGAGAGAGGGCGUGGAGUGAGUUUAACACAGCCGAGACCUGUACUGACCAAUAACAUCAGCUCCUCUCCUCACCUUUAAAUCCGCCACCGGCGAGGCGUAUUACAAUUUUCAUGAAGUAGUCAAAGAGAUCAAGAGACGUGUGAAGACAGCAAUGCCACACGAUGGCGACAGAAUGCAGCCCCUCAACAAGUGUCACUGUAAGCGCUGCAUUGGGCGUCCUCCACACUCUCUCAUAUAAGCACAGAUGGAUUUGGUGUGUGUAAGUUUGUACCCACUGGUAAGACAAACACCCUUUUCCACAAAUAAAGACAAUCACAUAAAGUUGCAUGUAUUCAAACCUCACGUGACAAAGGUGGGUUGAGCGCACAGCAUAUAAAAUAAAUUUGGCUCACAAAACUGAAUAUUAUAAUAUCCGUAUAUAGGCUAGUAAAUAAGUCAUCUGAUCACUCAAACAAAUCAUCUGUUCAGCCACUGCAGGACAGGGAGAAGACACAAAGACAUGUCCAGGUCAAGCUGCGCGAGAAAUAAGAGGAAGAGGAAAAAGAAAAGGAGGGAGACGAAUUACAUAUCUUGUUAACUUCAUCAUGUGUGUUUAUUUACUAGAUAUUUAAUUUAAUUUAAUGCGGUUUCAGCUGUGUUGACUCAGGUUGUGUGUCCAAAUGAGUGCCAAACGUGCUCAUCAGAUCAGAUAUAUUAAUAUAGAUCUAAAUGUGGAAACCUGCCGGUGAGGCAUCAGUGACGUAUGCCGACAUGCCGUCGGUCUACCAAAAUACCACUAGACCAGCUGCGCUUUGCCUGCGCUGAAAGCUGACCAGGUUUGAAUCGGCGAACUUUCAGCGCACUUCAUACGACGGUGGCGAGCACGAAAAUUUCGACACCUCCCCCUGCCAUGCUACCACGCCCAGCUUGGCGGAUCUCGGUGCGCCUCAGUCCACGAAAAUACCAAUCCGGCUGUACGCUGGGCUCCGGCGUACAGCCUGCCACCUGCCUGCCACCUGCCAAAGUAGAUAAAGACAUGCUCUUGUCAAUGAUUAAAUAACCUAAUUGAGUCAUGAAUAUAGCUUAACUUUACUUUGCAUGUAAAGCUGGAUAGAAAUUGAGAGUAAAGUGACAAUGGCACCAAUUGUAACACCCCCCCAAAAAACUAACUCUUUUUUUGUUUUAACAGCACAAUCAACAACAACUGAGACCACUGAAGAAACAGAAGAAACAACAACUGAAGAAACAGAGGAAACAACUAAAGCCACUGCAGGCACCACCUCAGUAACUGUGACACCCCGAACAACAGGCUCCACCGCCUCAACAACUACAACCACAAUUACCACAACAGUUCCAGAAACAUCUACUCCUGGAAGCACAACCUCACCAACUGUUUCCACAAAGACAACUGUCUCCACCACAUCCACAACAAAACCAACCACAACAGUUUCGGAAUUAACAACUCCUGAAAGCACCACCUCAGCAACUCCUACAUACACCACCCCUGGCCCCCCAACAUCCACAACAUCCACAACCACGUCUACAACAACAGUUCCUGAAACAACAACUCCUGGAAGCACAACCUCACCAACUGUUUCCACAAAGACAACUGUCUCCACCACAUCCACAACAAAACCAACCACAACAGUUUCGGAAUUAACAACUCCUGAAAGCACCACCUCAGCAACUCCUACAUACACCACCCCUGGCCCCCCAACAUCCACAACAUCCACAACCACGUCUACAACAACAGUUCCUGAAACAACAACUCCUGGAAGCACAACCUCACCAACUGUUUCCACAAAGACAACUGUCCGUACCACAUCCACAACCACACCAACCACAACAGUUUCAGAGACAACAAGUCCUGAAAGCACCACCUCAGCAACUCCUACAUACACCACCCCUGGCCCCACAACAUCCACAACAUCCACAACCAAAUCUACAACAACAGUUCCUGAAACAACAACUCCUGGAAGCACAACCUCACCAACUGUUUCCACAAAGACAACUGUGUCCACCACAUCCACGACCAAACCAACCACAACAGUUUUGGAAACAACAACUCCUGAAAGCACCACCUCAGCAACGCCUACUACCACCACCACUGGCCCCACAACAGUUACAACCUCAUCUACCACAACAGUUACUCAAACAUCUACUUCUGGAAGCACAACCUCACCAACUGUUUCCACAAAGACAACUGUCCCUACCACAUCCACUACCACACCUAACACAACAGUUUCAGAAACAACAACUCCUGAAAGCACCACCACAGCAGCUCCUACAACCACAACCCCUGGCCCCACAACAUCCACAACAUCCACAACCUCAUCUACCACAACAGUUACUCAAACAUCUACUCCUGGAAGCACAACCUCACAAACUGUUUCCACAAAGACAACUGUCCCCACCACAUCCAUAACCACACCUUACACAACAGUUUCAGAAACAACAACUCCUGAAAGCACCACCUCAGCAACGCCUACAACCACCACCUCUGGCCCCACAACAUCAACAACCUCAUCUACCACAACAGUUCCAGAAACUACAACUCCUGGAAGCACAACCUCACCAACUGUUUCCACAAAGACAACUGUCUCCACCACAUCCACAACCAAACCAACCACAACAGUUUCGGAAUCAACAACUCCUGAAAGCACCACCUCAGCAACUCCUACAUACACCACCCCUGGCCCCCCAACAUCCACAACAUCCACAACCGCGUCGACAACAACAGUUCCUGAAACAACAACUCCUGGAAGCACAACCUCACCAACUGUUUCCACAAAGACAACUGUCCCUACCACAUCCACAACCACACCAACCACAACAAUAUCAGAAACAACAACUCCUGAAAGCACCACCUCAGCAACUCAUACAUACACCACCCCUGGCUCCCCAACAUCCACAACCACAUCUACAACAACAGUUCCUGAAACAACAACUCCUGGAAGCACAACCUCACCAACUGUUUCCACAAAGACAACUGUCCCUACCACAUCCACAACCACACCAACCACAACAACAUCAGAAACAACAACUACUGAAAGCACCACCUCAGCAACUCAUACAUACACCACCCCUGGCUCCCCAACAUCCACAACCACAUCUACAACAACAGUUCCUGAAACAACAACUCCUGGAAGCACAACCUCACCAACUGUUUCCACAAAGACAACUGUGUCCACCACAUCCACAACCACACCUAACACAACAGUUUCAGAAACAACAACUCCUGAAAGCACCACCACAGCAACUCCUACUACCACCACCACUGGCUCCACAACAGUAACAACCUUAUCUACUACAACAGUAACUCAAACAUCUACUUCUGAAAGCACAACCUUAUCAACUGUUUCCACAAAGACCACCGUCCCUACCACAUCCACAACCACACCAACCACAACAAUAUCAGAAACAACAACUCCUGAAAGCACCACCUCAGCAACUCAUACAUACACCACCCCUGGCUCCCCAACAUCCACAACCACAUCUACAACAACAGUUUCAGAAACAACAACUCCUGAAAGCACCACCACAGCAACUCCUAUUACCACAACCCCUAGCCACACAACAUCCACAACAUCCACAACCUCAUCUACCACAACAGUUCCUCAAACAUCUACUCCUGGAAGCACAACCUCACCGAUUGUUUCCACAACGACCACUGUUACCACAACCACACCUAACACAACAGUUUCAGAAACAACAACUCCUGAAAGCACCACUCCAGCAACGCCUACUACCACCACCUCUGGCCCCACAACAUCCACAACAUCCACAACCUCAUCUACCACAACAGUUCCUCAAACAUCUACUUCUGGAAGCACAACCUCACCAACUGUUUCCACAAAGACAACUGUCCCCACCACAUCCACAACCACACCAACCACAACAGUUUCAGAAACAACAACUCCUGAAAGCACCACCUCAGCCACUCCUACAACCACCACCUCUGGCCCCACAACAUCCACAACCGUAUAUACCACAACAGUUCCUCAAACAUCUACUCCUGGAAGCACAACCUCACCAACUGUUUCCACAAAGACAACUGUCCCCACCACAUCCACAACCACACCAAACACAACAUUUUCAGAAACAACAACCUCUGAAAGCACCACCUCAGCAACUACUACUCCCUCAACCCCUGGCCCCACAACAUCCACAACAUCGACAACCCUAUCUACCACAACAGUUACUCAAACAUCUACUCCUGGAAGCACAACCUCACCAACUGUUUCCACAACGACCACUGUCCCCACCACGUCCACGUCCACAACCACACCAACCACAACAGUUUCAGAAACAACAACUCCUGAAAGCACCACCUCAGCAACUCCUACAACCACCACCUCUGGCCCCACAACAUCCACAACCUUAUAUACCACAACAGUUCCUCAAACAUCUACUCCUGGAAGCACAACCUCACCAACUGUUUCCACAACUACCACUGUUACUACCACAUCCACAACCACACCUAACACAACAGUUUCAGAAACAACAACUCCUGAAAGCACCACCUCAGCAACGCCUACUACCACCACCUCUGGCCCCACAACAUCCACAACAUCCACAACCUCAUCUACCACAACAGUUCCUCAAACAUCUACUUCUGGAAGCACAACCUCACCAACUGUUUCCACAAAGACAACUGUCCCCACCACAUUAACAACCACACCAACCAAAAAAGUUUCAGAAACAACAACUCCUGAAAGCACCACCUCAGCAACUCCUACAACCACCACCUCUGGCCCCACAACAUCCACAACCUUAUAUACCACAACAGUUCCUCAAACAUCUACUCCUGGAAGCACAACCUCACCAACUGUUUCCACAAAGACAACUGUCCCCACCACAUCCACAACCACACCAACCACAACAGGUUCAGAAACAACAACUCCUGAAAGCACCACCUCAGCAACUCCUACUACCACCACCCCUGGCUCCACAACAUCCACAACAUCGACAACCUCAUCUACCACAACAGUUACUCAAACAUCUACUCCUGGAAGCACAACCUCACCAACUGUUUCCACAAAGACAACUGUCCCCACCACAUCCACAACCACACCAACCACAACAGUUUCAGAAACAACAACUCCUGAAAGCACCACCUCAGCAACUCCUACAACCACCACCUCUGGCCCCACAACAUCCACAACCUUAUAUACCACAACAGUUCCUCAAACAUCUACUCCUGGAAGCACAACCUCACCAACUGUUUCCACAAAGACAACUGUCCCCACCACAUCCACAACCACACCAACCACAACAGUUUCAGAAACAACAACUCCUGAAAGCACCACCUCAGCAACUCCUACAACCACCACCUCUGGCCCCACAACAUCCACAACCUUAUAUACCACAACAGUUCCUCAAACAUCUACUCCUGGAAGCACAACCUCGCCAACUGUUUCCACAACGACCACUGUUACUACCACAUCCACAACCACACCUAACACAACAGUUUCAGAAACAACAACUCCUGAAAGCACCACCUCAGCAACGCCUACUACCACAACCUCUGGCCCCACAACAUCCACAACAUCCACAACCUCAUCUACAACAACAGUUCCUCAAACAUCUACUCCUGGAAGCACAACCUCACCAACUGUUUCCACAAAGACAACUGUCACCACCACAUCCACAACCACACCAACCACAACAGUUUCAGAAACAACAACUCCUGAAAGCACCACCUCAGCAACUCAUACAUACACCACCUCUGGCCCCACAACAUCCACAACCCUAUCUACCACAACAGUAACUCAAACAUCUACUCCUGGAAGCACAACCUCACCAACUGUUACCACAAAGACAACUGUCCCCACCACAUCCACAACCACAACAACCACAACAGUUUCAGAAACAACAACUCCUGAAAGCACCACCUCAGCAACUCCUACAACCACCACCUCUGGCCCCACAACAUCCACAACCUUAUAUACCACAACAGUUCCUCAAACAUCUACUCCUGGAAGCACAACCUCACCAACUGUUUCCACAACGACCACUGUUACUACCACAUCCACAACCACACCUAACACAACUGUUUCAGAAACAACAACUCCUGAAAGCACCACCUCAGCAACGCCUACUACCACCACCUCUGGCCCUACAACAUCCACAACAUCCACAACCUCAUCUACCACCACAGUUCCUCAAACAUCUACUCCUGGAAGCACAACCUCACCAACUGUUUCCACAAAGACAACUGUUCCCACCACAUCAACAACCACACCAACCACAACAGUUUCAGAAACAACAACUCCUGAAAGCACCACCUCAGCAACUCAUACAUACACCACCUCUGGCCCCACAACAUCCACAACCCUAUCUACCACAACAGUAACUCAAACAUCUACUCCUGGAAGCACAACCUCACCAACUGUUACCACAAAGACAACUGUCCCCACCACAUCCACAACCACACCAACCACAACAGUUUCAGAAACAACAACUCCUGAAAGCACCACCUCAGCAACUCCUACAACCACCACCUCUGGCCCCACAACAUCCACAACCUUAUAUACCACAACAGUUACUCAACCAUCUACUCCUGGAAGCACAACCUCACCAACUGUUUCCACAACGACCACUGUCCCCACCACGUCCACAUCCACAACCACACCUAACACAACAGUUUCAGAAACAACAACUCCUGAAAGCACCACCUCAGCAACGCCUACUACCACCACCUCUGGCCCCACAACAUCCACAACAUCCACAACCUUAUAUACCACAACAGUUACUCAAACAUCUACUCCUGGAAGCACAACCUCACCAACUGUUUCCACAAAGACAACUGUCACCACCACAUCCACAACCACACCAACCACAACAGUUUCAGAAACAACCACUCCUGAAAGCACCACCUCAGCCACUCCUACAACCACCACCUCUGGCCCCACAACAACUACAACCUUAUAUACCACAACAGUUCCUCAAACAUCUACUCCUGGAAGCACAACCUCACCAACUGUUUCCACAAAGACAACUGUUCCCACCACAUCAACAACCACACCAACCACAACAGUUUCAGAAACAACAACUCCUGAAAGCACCACCUCAGCAACUCAUACAUACACCACCUCUGGCCCCACAACAUCCACAACCCUAUCUACCACAACAGUUACUCAAACAUCUACUCCUGGAAGCACAACCUCACCAACUGUUACCACAAAGACAACUUCCACCACCACAUCCACAACUGUUUCCACAACGACCACUGUCCCCACCACGUCCACAACCACACCAACCACAACAGUUUCAGAAACAACAACUCCUGAAAGCACCACCUCAGCAACUCCUACAACCACCACCUCUGGCCCCACAACAUCCACAACCUUAUAUACCACAACAGUUCCUCAAACAUCUACUCCUGGAAGCACAACCUCACCAACUGUUUCCACAACGACCACUGUUACUACCACAUCCACAUCCACAACCACACCUAACACAACAGUUUCAGAAACAACAACUCCUGAAAGCACCACCUCAGCAACGCCUACUACCACCACCUCUGGCCCCACAACAUCCACAACAUCCACAACCUUAUAUACCACAACAGUUCCUCAAACAUCUACUCCUGGAAGCACAACCUCACCAACUGUUUCCACAAAGACAACUGUCACCACCACAUCCACAACCACACCAACCACAACAGUUUCAGAAACAACCACUCCUGAAAGCACCACCUCAGCCACUCCUACAACCACCACCUCUGGCCCCACAACAACUACAACCUUAUAUACCACAACAGUUCCUCAAACAUCUACUCCUGGAAGCACAACCUCACCAACUGUUUCCACAAAGACAACUGUCCCCACCACAUCCACAACCACACCAACCACAACAGUUUCAGAAACAACAACUCCUGAAAGCACCACCUCAGCAACUCCUACUCCCUCAACCCCUGGCUCCACAACAUCGACAACCUCAUCUACCACAACAGUUACUCAAACAUCUACUCCUGGAAGCACAACCUCACCAACUGUUUCCACAACGACCACUGUCCCCACCACGUCCACAACCACACCAACCACAACAGUUUCAGAAACAACAACUCCUGAAAGCACCACCUCAGCAACUCCUACAACCACCACCUCUGGCCCCACAACAUCCACAACCUUAUAUACCACAACAGUUCCUCAAACAUCUACUCCUGGAAGCACAACCUCACCAACUGUUUCCACAACGACCACUGUUACUACCACAUCCACAUCCACAACCACACCUAACACAACAGUUUCAGAAACAACAACUCCUGAAAGCACCACCUCAGCAACGCCUACUACCACCACCUCUGGCCCCACAACAUCCACAACAUCCACAACCUCAUCUACCACAACAGUUCCUCAAACAUCUACUCCUGGAAGCACAACCUCACCAACUGUUUCCACAAAGACAACUUCCACCACCACAUCCACAACCACACCAACCACAACAGUUUCAGAAACAACAACUCCUGAAAGCACCACCUCAGCAACUCCUACAACCACCACCUCUGGCCCCACAACCUCCACAACCUUAUAUACCACAACAGUUCCUCAAACAUCUACUCCUGGAAGCACAACCUCACCAACUGUUUCCACAAAGACAACUGUCCCCACCACAUCCACAACCACACCUUACACAACAUUUUCAGAAACAACAACCCCUGAAAGCACCACCUCAGCAACUCCUACUCCCUCAACCCCUGGCUCCACAACAUCCACAACCUCAUCUACCACAACAGUUCCUCAAACAUCUACUUCUGGAAGCACAACCUCACCAACUGUUUCCACAAAGACAACUGUCCCCACCACAUCCACAACCACACCAACCACAACAGUUUCAGAAACAACAACUCCUGAAAGCACCACCUCAGCCACUCCUACAACCACCACCUCUGGCCCCACAACAUCCACAACCUUAUAUACCACAACAGUUCCUCAAACAUCUACUCCUGGAAGCACAACCUCACCAACUGUUUCCACAACGACCACUGUUACUACCACAUCCACAACCACACCUAACACAACAGUUUCAGAAACAACAACUCCUGAAAGCACCACCUCAGCAACGCCUACUACCACCACCUCUGGCCCCACAACAUCCACAACAUCGACAACCCUAUCUACCACCACAGUUCCUCAAACAUCUACUCCUGGAAGCACAACCUCACCAACUGUUUCCACAAAGACAACUGUCACCACCACAUCCACAACCACACCAACCACAACAGUUUCAGAAACAACAACUCCUGAAAGCACCACCUCAGCAACUCCUACAACCACCACCUCUGGCCCCACAACCUCCACAACCUUAUAUACCACAACAGUUCCUCAAACAUCUACUCCUGGAAGCACAACCUCACCAACUGUUUCCACAAAGACAACUGUCCCCACCACAUCCACAACCACACCUUACACAACAUUUUCAGAAACAACAACCCCUGAAAGCACCACCUCAGCAACUCCUACUCCCUCAACCCCUGGCUCCACAACAUCGACAACCUCAUCUACCACAACAGUUACUCAAACAUCUACUCCUGGAAGCACAACCUCACCAACUGUUUCCACAAAGACAACUGUCCCCACCACAUCCACAACCACACCAACCACAACAGUUUCAGAAACAACAACUCCUGAAAGCACCACCUCAGCAACUCCUACAACCACCACCUCUGGCCCCACAACAUCCACAACCUUAUAUACCACAACAGUUCCUCAAACAUCUACUCCUGGAAGCACAACCUCACCAACUGUUUCCACAACGACCACUGUUACUACCACAUCCACAUCCACAACCACACCUAACACAACAGUUUCAGAAACAACAACUCCUGAAAGCACCACCUCAGCAACGCCUACUACCACCACCUCUGGCCCCACAACAUCCACAACAUCCACAACCUCAUCUACCACCACAGUUCCUCAAACAUCUACUCCUGGAAGCACAACCUCACCAACUGUUUCCACAAAGACAACUGUCUCCACCACAUCCACAACCACACCAACCACAACAGUUUCAGAAACAACAACUCCUGAAAGCACCACCUCAGCAACUCCUACAACCACCACCUCUGGCCCCACAACCUCCACAACCUUAUAUACCACAACAGUUCCUCAAACAUCUACUCCUGGAAGCACAACCUCACCAACUGUUUCCACAACGACAACUGUCCCCACCACAUCCACAACCACACCUUACACAACAUUUUCAGAAACAACAACCCCUGAAAGCACCACCUCAGCAACUCCUACUCCCUCAACCCCUGGCCCCACAACAUCCACAACAUCGACAACCUCAUCUACCACAACAGUUACUCAAACAUCUACUCCUGGAAGCACAACCUCACCAACUGUUUCCACAAAGACAACUGUCCCCACCACAUUAACAACCACACCAACCAAAAAAGUUUCAGAAACAACAACUCCUGAAAGCACCACCUCAGCAACUCCUACAACCACCACCUCUGGCCCCACAACAUCCACAACCUUAUAUACCACAACAGUUCCUCAAACAUCUACUCCUGGAAGCACAACCUCACCAACGGUUUCCACAAAGACAACUGUCCCCACCACAUCCACAACCACACCUAACACAACAGUUUCAGAAACAACAACUCCUGAAAGCACCACCUCAGCAACGCCUACUACCACCACCUCUGGCCCCACAACAUCCACAACAUCCACAACCUCAUCUACCACCACAGUUCCUCAAACAUCUACUCCUGGAAGCACAACCUCACCAACUGUUUCCACAAAGACAACUGUCUCCACCACAUCCACAACCACACCAACCACAACAGUUUCAGAAACAACAACUCCUGAAAGCACCACCUCAGCAACUCCUACAACCACCACCUCUGGCCCCACAACAUCCACAACCUUAUAUACCACAACAGUUCCUCAAACAUCUACUCCUGGAAGCACAACCUCACCAACUGUUUCCACAACGACCACUGUCCCUACCACAUCCACAACCACACCUAACACAACAGUUUCAGAAACAACAACUCCUGAAAGCACCACCUCAGCAACUCCUACUACCACCACCCCUGGCCCCACAACAUCCACAACAUCCACAACCUCAUCUACCACAACAGUUACUCAAACAUCUACUCCUGGAAGCACAACCUCACCAACUGUUUCCACAAAGACAACUGUCCCCACCACAUCCACAACCACACCAACAACAACAGUUACAGAGACAACAACUCCUGAGAGCACCACCUCAACAGCUGUCACACCUACCACCACUGGUUCCACAACAUCCAUAACCACACCUUACACAACAGUUUCAGAAACAACAACCAUUGAAAGCACCACCUUAACAACAGUUUCCACAAGGACUACUGGCCCCACAACAUCCACAACCACACCAACUACACCAGUUCUAGAAACAACUACUACUGGAAGCACCACAUCACCAACUGUUACAACUCUCACCACAAUAGUUACACAAACAUUCAAUGAAACUACCCCAUCAGUUAUCACUCAGUCAACCCAAAAGACAACUUUUAGCACUGGACAUCAAGUUUAUUCAAGUACUCCUACCUCUACAGUCACUUCUGUUGAGACCACAACUCUUCUUAGCUCUUCCACUGUGAUACCGACAGGCAGCACAACUAUUAUCACAACUACCCCUGGUCAAAAAUCAACUACAGUGCUUUCAACAACACCACUUCAUACAACAACCACAACGUGUGUUUGCUUGGUCAAUGGGACAUCAUACCUCCCUGGUGCGUAAUUUUUCACUUUUAAAACUACCUUUUUGUUCUUUACUAAAUAUCUACAUUUUUAAGUUCUCUUUGAGUUAAAUUUUUAAUAUAAAUUUCUUAGCCGUUUUUCACUUAAAAGAGUCCUUUUAGUAAUACUGAAAAUUAAAGUUUGAUUUUCAUGGAGAAUAAAAUCAGAUCUUUUCAGUUAAUUUUAAACAAGCAUGCAGUUUUUCAUGUGUAAUCACACUGCUUUCUCCAUUACAAGUAAAACAGCCUUAGGAAUCAAAAAGAAUUUCAAAAUCCACUAAAACCCCCACUUUGUUUGUUUUUUUCUUGUUUUUUUUUUUUUUACUAAAAGUGUUCUCAGUGGUCUUUAAAUUGUGAUUAUGAUGUUUUUACCAAAAAUCAGGUUAGCUGUGUCUCUUUCAAGGGCUUUUCUUCUGCAGAGCUCCGGUAGAUCAUUAGCAAUUCACCUCUGAGUCAUGGGCAGGGGACAGCGCUGCUCUUCACGUUAGCUUGCAGCCUAACAUUGCAAGUGUAGUAGAAGCCGCAGGUAAUACAGGAGCUAUUCAGCUCGCAGACAUGAUGAAAGCAAAUAUCAUAAUUAGCUUUCUCAUGAACAAUGCAAUCGGGGAACACACACGCUUGUUCUGCGAUAGUUCUCUGAAUUUCUCCUCUAUAUGAAGAGUGUGGCCUGCAUAGAGGGGCUCCGGGGGCGGUGCUUGGAUUGGUUACAUAUGAAAUCUCACUGUUUCUAAACCUGCCAUUUGGGUUUGCCAGAGAUUUACAGAGAUUUGACUGAAAAAAUACUCAGAAAAGCAAUUUAAUAUUUAGUUUUCUCAUAUUAGCAUCAGAAAAAUGCCAUAUGAACAUAUAAAAAACAAGAAAAACAUGAUUUUCAUUAGAGUGGGUCUUUAAUACACCAACAUGCCUGCAAGGAACUUUAAUUAGUUUAGUCAUGAUUAAAGACGUGAUUGUUUCAGAAUGUAAAGCAAUCAUCAAGACUCUGGGCUCUAUUUUCAUGCCUCGCCGAGAAGGCGUUCCCAAGCACAAUUUGGUAUUUUGGUGGGUGGCACAGCCCGGCGUAAGUAUCCCCCCUCCUAACUCAGCUCCUCCCAGUGGCAUAAGUCGUAGCGAGGGAGGAGAGAGGGCGUGGAGUAGUUUUAACACAGCUGAGACCUGUAUUGACCAAUAGCAUCAGCUCCUCUCCUCGCCUUUAAAUCCGCCACCAGCAAGGCGUAUUACCAUUUUCGUGAAGUAGUCAAAGAGAUCAAGAGAUGUCUGAAGACAGCAAUGGCGUCAAAAGGCAGCCCCUCAACAAGUGUCACUUUAAACGCUGCAGAGGGCGUCCUUCACACUCUCUCAUAUGAGCACAGAUGGAUUUGAUGUGUGUAAGUUUGGACCCACUGGUAAGACAAACAACCUUUUCCACGAAUAGAGACACUCACAUAAAGUUUCUUAUAUUCAAACCUCACGUGACAAAGGUGGGUUGUGCACACAGAUCACAUCAUAAAUUCCAAAAAUGGCGUUAAAAUCGGAACCAUCUGUGUGUAAAGGAUGCAUCGCGCUCCGUGGCCUGGCUCUUUCUUUCAUAGAUGUUGGCAUAUAAAAUAAAUUAAACAAAACUGAAUAUUAUAAUAUUCGUAUGUAGGCUUAGAGUAAAUAACUCAUCUGAUCACUAAAAUAAAUCAUCACCAAAAUACCACUAGACCAGCUGCGCUCUGCCUGUGCUAAAAGCUGACAAAGUUUAAACCGGCAAGCUUUCAGCGCACUUUUCACUCCACUGGCAAGCACAAAAAUGUCACUGCGCCAGCUGAUUCUGUCGACACCUCCCCUUGCCGCGCCACCACGCCCAGCUUGGCGGGCCUUGGUGCGCCGCAGUCUAUGAAAAUACCAAACUAGCUGUACGCCGGGCUCCGCCAGACGAAAAAUACCACUGCAUGGGGAAAAUUCCACUACGUGUCAUCGACGGGCACGAAAAUAGAGCCCUAUUUCCAUGGGCUGUACUGCUCAGCCUCCAGUCUGUAUUUUUCAGAAUGUUGAGUUGUUAAUUGUGUGUCAUAUCAGGGUGUGCACCAAAAUACAGGACAGAUAAUGCAGAGAGGGACAGAGCAUAAAAAAACAAUAGGUCAGAAUGAUAUCUGCUCAUUUCCUUUUAUGAACAUGAAUUAUAACACAGGAGCCAACUUUAAUGCAUAAACUAUGUCUUCACAUGUUGGGAUGACAUGCAAAACAAUAUCAAAAAAUAUUGUUUAUAAGACAGGAGAGUAAUACGUAUCUUCCAUCAUUCAUAUUUAUAGAGAAAAAAGAAACUAGCAGGCCACUUCUUCUGAUCGUGUCACCAUGUAUUUGUGUAUGUAAGUGGUUUCUUUACAGGCUGAGGGCAGAGCUUGAUGUUUUAGGCCUGUCCUCUUUAUUGUGGCAACAUAAAGCAAUUGAGUAGUGCAGUGGAGCAGUUUUAUUUGGGGGCGGGCUGUACACAGUGCCAAAAGCACAAAUUAAUCGGUUGAGAGAGCCUAUUGCAAUAAUCACAUAAGUUUAGUGAGUCUAGAGGCAUGGUGAGAUCUUUAGGGAUUUUCCAACAAACUGCUUUGGGCAGUUUACAUCGGUUUUCUAGGACUAAUACAGCAUAAGUUUACCUCCCGAUUAAACAUUUGUAUAGGCUACAUUUAAUAAGGAUACCAAACAUUGUAACUUUACAUUUUGUUUGUUAGUAUGGAAAAGCAUAGUCCCCCCUCUUUGAGAACAACAUGAAACACAUCCAUACAUACAUGCCUAUGUUUUCAGAACUCUUGGAACAGCUAAUUCAUGACAAAUGACAUCUACUUCUCACUGAUGCAACUAAUGUCUCCUGUAAAAAGAACUCAAAGCUACAACCAAACUAUCACUGUAAUGAUCUUCAAUGUAUCCCUGCACAUAUAAGCGUACACACUACCCAAGUACUGCCUCACACACUUUUUUUUUUUUUUUAAUAUAAAAUUUUGAUAACAGCGCAUUUCAGCCAGUGGCAAUUGGCCCCCCCUAAGUCUCUUGGCUGCAAGUUUAAAACACCUUCUGUGUCACAGUACAGGAGUUUUCAUGGUUAAAAGACAACUAGGUACAGUUGUGGAUCAUCUUGCUGCAUCAGAAACCAUAAAAUGUUUUGGCUUUGAUGCAGAGGGAUAUUUGAAUUGCUCCUGCCCAUUUUGUAAGCAAGGCGAUGUUUGAAUUAUCACUGUUUCUCGCUGAGGCUUUGAUAGUGGAGUGUGGCCGUAUGCUGUGGUGUCUGGUUGGGCUACCAUGGACCUCCGCUGCAGAUUUGAGCAUAGAUAGUGAUGUUGCUCUUGACUUGAGCAGGGCUGAGGCUUUUGAAGCAAGUUUUCUCAUGCUUAUCCUAGUUAGCAGGAUGUCUGAUUAUAAGAGCAGCUUUAAUGAUGGUACAGUGAUGAUACAUGAUCAGAAGUGAAUGAGUCUACUGUAUGUUGGAACAACAAUGAGAAAUGAAGGCAGGAAAAGAAUAAGUUUAGACAAGAAAAUAACUCAGUUGAUAAUAUUGAAGAUAGAGACAUGUCAGAUUAUUAGCUGUGAUAUUGUCAGAGAUAACUGAAGAGCUCAGGAGGGUGCUGAACAGUGCUAAGGCAUUGAUAGUGCAUUCUGCUUCUUCUACUUACAGACUGGCCUAUACAGGGCUGCUUGUAUUCUCUGUUCUCUUUGUAAUGGCUGUCUUUACAUGUUCAGUCACCCUUAAAUUUACUAAAUUAAAGUUUCCACUAAACUUUGCUUUUACAGGGGAAACAGUGUACAACGUCACUGACAAUGCUGGCGCGCAAGGGGCGUGUUUUGUUGGACAUUGCAAUGCAUCUUGCAAAAUUGAGACAACUAUUAUUCCAUGUCCAACAACCCCACCUCAAACUGUGGACUGCAUCUACAUGAAUGAGACACGAAAGGUAUGAAAUCUCUGAGAUGUUACUACACAAGACAGGGAAGGGUCCAGGUUCAAGGAUUUGCUGAAUAGUUUUUAAAAAUAUGUGACAAAGUCCUACAUCUUUUCAUCUGUUAUUAUUGAGAACAAGGGUAUGAAUUGAGUGUAUAUUCUAAGAUAAAAUAAGAUGAACUUAAUUUAUCCCUGAGGGGAAAUUCAAAUUAAGUUUCUGUGAUUGAUUUAAAUUUAGGAUUAAAAAAUAAAUUUUAGGCCUACCAAAAGCAUUUUUCUCUGAUACAUUUUAUUUUCAAAGACAUAUAAUCUCCAUAUGGCAACUGAUGAUGCUGCAAAGCUACAGAACAUAUAAAGACAUUAAGCGGUGGGCUGACAGGAUAUAGGGAUGUUUUAUCCCUGGUGAGAGAAAAAAAUUGGCCAAAGUUUCUUUGUCUGCAAUCAGCGCAUGCACACUCAUAAUUACAAAAUAACAUUUUAUACACAAAUUGAGAUGCACAUGGGGAAUCAAUUGGUCAAUUGCUACUUAUUAUGGAGGAGCUUAAAGGGUUAGGAGAAUAUUGUUUCUUGGUGUUGUUUUUUGUAUGCAUUGAGUUAAAGUGUGUAUUACACAGAAGUGCUGCUACCAGGACAAAAGUAAGCAGGAAGUUGUAUUGUCUCAGAACGCAGUAAGAAGAUUGAACUUACCACUUACAAACUUAGUGUGUAAAUAAGGAUGAGUGAAACAAUGACAGCCAAAACCAGACAGAUGUGGUUAAACUAGUUUAAUCUGAUAGGUUAAGAACUGAUAGGCUCGUAUGUAUUGUGGCUGGCAAUUGGUUCAACCGACAAAGUAGGCAGUUGCAUUUCCUUGCAAGUUUAACAAACUUUAAAUUGUGUUCCCACAAAAUUGUACAAGAAGUUUAAGUGGCAAUUCUGAUUCUGAGAUUCUGAGUAAGAAUAAAAUAAUCUUCAAUUCUCCCUCAAUGGAGAUCAUUAAUUUUCAAAAUCAAAAGGUGAUAUGUGGUCACAGCCCACUGCCUACAUGUGGAGCAGGUUCAUAAAAGUAAUCUUCAUUGACAUGUUCAUUAAGGUUUAACUAUUUAAUGUGGAAUUGCUGUAAAAAUAGAAGUGAGCAGGAAAAUGUCUCAGAUUCACAGGAUCCACUUUUAUGUCUGUGUUCUGAUUGAGAAAAACGAAAGGUAGUCCACAUGAAAGGGUGUAAGCCAGGAGCAAUACUGGGUCUCAAUCAGUCAGGUGACCAAAAACACACGCUCACAUGGUUCUGAUGUUGCUGGUGUGCUGGGAUACUCGGAUGCCAGCUUUGCAAGCCUAGAUAAAUCUCUGCAUGUCCUGUAAAAAGUUUUCAAUGUUUGAGUCAAUCCUUGGGGUCCCUGCUGUAUGUGUAAUACUCUUAAUAGAAAGAGAUAUUGCAAAAAACAUGUCGCAUGGCUGCACUCCCCAGUCGAGCAUUUCCCCUGGGUGUGGGACCUAAAGUCAUUUGGAGCAUCCAUACAUAGCCUCCCUGCUGCUCUAGGUGGGUCAGUGCAACAUGGAGGGCUGUGGCCACGGCGUCUUCUGUGGAUCUGUUUGCCCUGUAUGCAAACUGAUGUGGGUCCAGGCUUUUUGGCAGGUAUGAUGUGAUGUGACCUCGGACCAGCAUUUCAAAGGAUUUAAUCACCACUGGGGUGGUUGGUAGUCAUUGAGGCUGGAAAUGUGGGGUUUCUUGGGCAAGGGGACGAUGGUGGAGGUCUUCAACAUGGUGGGACAGUGGACGUGGACAGGGACUGGUUGAAAAUCUUUGUGAAGACUCAAGCCAGCUGAUCCGAGCAGUCCUUUAACACACGGCCAGACACUCCAUCGGGCCCAGCAGCCUUCCUAGGGUCAACGGCACGCAGGGCACGCCUCGCCUCACGUUCUGUAAAGGUUAAGUUGCCCUGUGCAGUGGGGUGUAGUGUGGCUGCCUUGGGUGGUUCCACCUCAAAACCGGCAAAGAAAGUUUUCAGCUCCUCUGCCAGCGAGGCCUCACCUUCAGCAGCUCCAAAGGUGGGCCUGAAGGUGGUGAGUUGCUGGACUCCUUGCCACACUUGCCUGCUGUUGUUAUUUUCCAGGUGUGCCUCAAUCUUCUUCCGAUAGUCCGCCUUGGCCCCUUUGAUGCCUCUCCUCAGGUCAGCCCGCACCUCAGAGUAAAGGGCCUGGUCACCAGACCUUAAGGCGAUGUUCCUCUCCCUCACCAGCUGCUGGACCUCCUGAGUCAUCCAGGGCUUCCGGUUGGCGUAGACCUGGAUCCAUUUUUCCACAGUAACAGUGCCUAUGCAGUGUCAUAUGUAACACAGCACAUAUAGCACAGUCCUGUAGCUGCUGAGAGGCACCAUCGGGCCAAGUUGUUACAGUUUUUGUGAUGAUGGGUGUACUUUUCCUGAGGGGGGCAUAUGCAGGAAUUAACAGCAGGGACAAAUGGUCAGACUGGCCCAGGUGAGGUAGUGGUUUAGCUCUGUAGCCAAGCUUGAUGUUAGAGUAGACCUUGUCCAGAGUCUUAUCUCCUCUAGUCGUGCAUUAAACAUGUUGAUUGAAUUUAGGGAGUGCUGUUCUCAAAUUAGCAUGAUUGAAGUCCGCGGCUACAAUGUGUUCAGCGUCAGGAUAUUUGCUCUGCUGGCUGCUAAUGCCACUGUACAAAUGGCUGCAAGCCACCUUAGCAUUAGCAUCCAGUGGUAUGUAAACAGCGGUUAUCAUUACGACAGAAAACUCUCUUGGGAGGCAGAUAAGUCUGCAUUUCACAGUUAUGUACUCCAAGUCCGGGGAACAGUGGCUGUCCACAGUUACUGUGUUCGUACACCAGCUGUUAUUUACAAACACACACAGCCCCCCUACUCUGCUUUUACCAGACCUCUGUGUCCUGUCCUGAUGCUGUACAGUGGAGCCUGUUAUCUCCGCCACUUAAUCCAGAACAAGUGGGUGAAGCCAGGUCUCCGUGAAGAGCAGAAUACAGAUAUCCUUCACGGCUUUGUUGGUUGAAAUCUGUAGCCUUGGGUCAUCCAUUUUGUUUGCAAGAGAUUGAGCAUUGGCGAGAAACAGGCUGGGAAGCGGAGGUCUAAGUGGCUGCCUCCAUAGACUGGCUAGCAGGCCAGCCCUGCAGCCCCGCUUUUGCCUCCUCUCACUCCGCCGCCUUCGCUGCUUCCGGAUGGGGAUGGUAAUCCACGGGGAAUCUGCUGUGCCAAUUCUUCUGGUAUGUUACGUGCAUGGAGAAACCUUGCUGUAAUACUCUUUUCGUAACAGACUCCUAUCCUAAGGAGAUCGUGCCGAUUGUAGAUGGUCUUCGCUCUACAGAAAACACCCAGGACACCCAGGACACACAUGAACACGAAACUAAAAAGCCAUAUAAAGCACCAACCGAGAGCGCACCGGGCCGCAGCAACUGUGUGUGCUGCCAUCUUUGUCUAACCCCGCCAUCUUGGUCAUCCUUGUUCUCACAGGCUUCCCCGAUGAGCUGUGUCACCAGUCCAGUGUGUUCUAGACACCCUAUUACUUUAGAGAUCCCUCCCUUCUGUAUCAACAUGUCUAUGUAGUUGUAACCGGAGAGGAUGUCAGAAAGCUGCCUUGCUACUAUAAAGAUCUUUCCUUCCAUGCUUAGUAGGGAAAUCAUCCUGAAAUGGCUGAUCUUCUUAGAAUUCUUUUCUUUAGGAAUCAAGACUCCUUCAGCAUAUCUCCACUGCUGUGCCACCAUCCCUCUCCAGAUGACUCCUAGGAUCUUCGAGAUUCGCUUAGGUAGCAAUGGACAGUCUUUGUAGACCUUGUAUGGGACAACACUUGGUCCAGGGGUGGAGCUAGAUCUUUCCUUCUACACUAUCUCUUGGAAUUCAAUCAGAAGUGGUUCCCUAAUGUUGAAGACCUUGGUGAAAGGUGGUGGGUCUACAAGGAUGUCACACUGGCCCAGCUGCCUGCUGGGGUUACUGUAGUUGUUCUGGAUGUGCAGAUUUAGCCUCUACUUAGAGCAGACCAGAUUGCCAUCUUGCUUCUGCCCCAACAGCGAUUUGGUGAAGCCAAAGGGACUGGCGAUAGACAAAGUCCGCAUCCUGCCUCUCUUCUUCAGGUGCCUUUGGUGUCAUUCUGCUCUGUGUAGAGUCAUCAGUCUCUUCCUCAAGAUGGCCAAUUCUGCCAAGGGGGGCAUUGCUCCUCCCUGGCUUCCUUGUAUUGCUUCUUGAGGGACUUAAGCUCCUUGUGAGUCUUCACUGCUCUCUGGUUCAUGGUGUAAGGCAACUGAGCAGCAUUCUUCUCCACUGCACCAAACCUCUCCUAAGCUAGACUGAUAAUGAUGGUUGUCAUUGCCUGCAGCCUCUGAUCCACAUCACCAUUUGCAGACGCUUCAAGCAUCUUGUUGACAUCCUUGUCAAACUGCCCCCAUGCUCUUGUGUUGCAGGCCUGUGGCCAGUUGAGUUGAACAUUUCCUAGGGGGAGAUUUGGUUGUACCACAUGAAGGCACUGGGCUGUAUGCUUUUUUUUCCUGGCAAAACUCCUCCUGCAUCUCAGCAGAUGUAGUAUCUGUGGUGCGUCAACUCUCCCCAAACACUUCAUCUUGGCCUGGCGAAUCUUGAAGCCUUGGCUGUUUUAGCAGAUUUUCCUGCAUCUGCAUGUUGGGGUCCAGGUUGAUAUUCCGUAUCCAUUUGUUAUUGCUGUUUUGUUCAUCCAGUUGUGGUUAGGGUUAGGGUAUGAAACACAGCCUUGUAAACAAUACACUUAAAUAAGCUGUGGGACUUUACAGCAACCCAAUGUGUUAGUUUCAUCAAUACAACAAUCUUCUUCUCAAUCCCUUUUCAGCAUAACGAGACCUGGGUGAUUGACAACUGCACCAUUGCCAUCUGUGAGGAUGGAAAAGUAAUAGAGAAACCUAAAACCUGUCCUACAGUGGAAAAACUUGUGUGUGCCAGUGGACUCCAACCUGUUAAGGUCUAUGAUGAAGAUGGAUGCUGUUUCCACUAUGAGUGUGAAUGUAGGUUGAAAAUCUGUUGAAAAAAGUGUACUUAAACAUUUACAGAUUUAUUAUAAAUCUAUCCAUCUAUUUAUCUGUGUCUAAAGAGAUAUGUGUGUAGAUAGAUAGAUAGAUAGAUAGAUAGAUAGAUAGAUAGAUAGAUAGAUAGAUAGAUAGAUAGAUAGAUAGAUAGAUAGAUAGAUAAUUAUGGAUUUAUAGCUAAAUAUGUUCAAUAGCUUGAUGUAUACUGGCACACUGCUGGUACACAAUCGCGGCCUUCUUGAUAAAAAUAAUUUUCAGAUGUCCUUGUCUAGUUUUUGCUAACUGCAGUGUUCUUCCAAUUCUGCAGGUGUGUGCAGUGGUACACUAACUCACCACAGCACAUUUGAUGGCGUGUGUUACUUUUUCCAUCAGGAAUGUAAAUUCACUUUGGUCAAAGAGAUUAUUGAUAAAUAUAACCUAUCUAUCAUAGUGGAUUAUGAGGAGUGUCCACAGUCUAUCAUCCCAAAUUGUCCCCGUACCCUCAUUAUUUAUUUCCAGUCACACAAGAUAGUUUUGACACAUACAUCGGCUUCAACAUUUGCGGUAAGCAACAUUUCAAGUCAAUAAGACAUACUUUAUGUUUACAUGGUUAUUUUCUGACUUAAUUUAAAACUUUAAACUCUACAUUUAAUCUGUAACUCAAAGUGACAUGACUUACUACACAUAGUCAUACAGUCAGUCAGAAAGUCAUUUUUUUUUUCCUGUUUUGUCUCCCUGUCCUACAGGUAUAUGUGGACGGCAACCAUAUCUAUCCUGCCUACAGCAAUGCUUACCUAAUCCUCACUAGCACAGUUUUUGAGGUCACUCUGAAGAUCCCAGAAAUUGAUACAAAAAUUGUUUAUAGAAUUCACUCGUUUACAAUCUAUCUCCCUCAUUCCCGCUUUGGUGGCAAUACCGAGGGACUAUGUGGUGAGUUACCAAAGCAUACAGCCAAUACUGCUGUUUUUAUUUUUUAACUCUGUUCAGUUAAGAAAGAAGGCCAUUUGUGGGAUAAAAAAACAAUAAUUUCAGGUGGUUUAUGUAUAUUUCUGAAGGAAUUUUACAUUCAACAAUGUCAACACGGAAAGUAGCAAGCUAUUACAGGGCUCUUUUUACAUGUGAACUACUGUAACUUCUCAUUGAACAGGAAACUGUGACAAUGACCGGACCAAUGACUGCUCUUCUUCAAACGGCAUGACACACAGUUGCCCAGAGACUGCAGCCAACUGGACUGUCCAAGGUAGACCCUGUGUAGUCUCCACAACCCCCCCAGGGAGCACAACUGUAUCAGGAGGGACAACUACAACAUCCCUAACAUCACAGCUCCCGUGUAAAUUUACAGUCUGUGAACUCUUAACACACAGGUGAGGAAUAAAGACAACCGCUUUGGUUUGAACUACUUGACUGUUCACUGUGUAUAGAAUAACUUGUUUACAAGCUCAAAAAAGAAAAAAUUGUGUAUGAUCUAAAAUAAGCCUUGAUCCAAAGUGAGUCAUGCUGUUCACUACGUACAGUUUUGGAUAGACCUAAAAAUUGUGUUCUUGGUAUUCCAUACAUCUUGUGGGAGAGUUUAAGGAAUAUGCUCAGUUUUACAGUAUGAAACCGGUAAGAAAUUUCUGUCUUCAUUUAAUUCAAUUCCCUUAAGAUCUUGCCAACUGAUCUCAAAAGCUGUUUUAUUGCUUUUGUCAUGUUUUAUGACAAACUGCUCUGACUUGUGUGUUUCCUUCUAGUGCGUUUGAGCCUUGCCACGCAGUCAUACCCCCACUCCCAUUCGCUGCAGCCUGUGAGGCCGGCAACUGCGAUGACAACAUGAAUGUGACUUUCCCUUGCUCAUUCCUGGAGCAAUAUGCUGCAAUGUGUGCUAUCGCAGGAGUCUGUAUUGACUGGAGGAAUGCUACCAACGGGCGGUGUGGUGAGAUUUAUGCCCUGUUUUAUCAAAUAUACAGUUGUUGUGUGCAGUGUCUAAAAUUUGUGUUGAGAUGUUUUUCUAUUUUACAGAGUACAAGUGUCCAGACAACAAAGUGUACAAGGCCUGUGCUCCCAGUGUAGAACCCACAUGCAAUAACAGGUAAAAUAUUUGUUGAGUAAGCAGUUUGACCCUUUGUUAUGUCAAUCUAAAUUUGUGUCUCAACAUCGAGAAAUCCCUUUAUAAGGUCAUAUGCUUCAAUUUCUGAUUUCAAUAAAGCAGUUGGGAAAAUAAAGAUUUUUGAGCUAAAUCUUAAUUUUAUGUGUCCUAAAGAAACACAAACAUCUGAAUUUUGGAAUAAUCAUGACAUUAUUAUGACAUUACCCCAUAGCCCUUUUUUUAAGGGUGAGUUAUCAGGAGGCUUAUCAAAAUUGUGUUGCUUUAAAAGGACACAAGCAAGGUAUAACCCUAUUACCUGGACAAACACUUUUCAUUUAGGACGUUGUGUAAAACAUAAAUAAAAACAGAAACCAAUGAUCUGCAAUUCCUUUCUGUCUAUUUUCAACUGAAUACACUACAAAUACAAGACAUUUAAUGUUUAAACUGAUAAACUUUACUGUUGCUUUGCACAUAUUCUCUCAUUUUGAAAAUCUCCAAGGCUAUCUCCAAACCAUAUGGUGCAAUUUUAAUGGAGUUAGGGUAAUCACGGCACCAUUCUGAUUGGAAAAAUUCAUGUCAAAAUCUGAAGCCUCUCAGUUCCUCCCACACACUUCCAAUUCACAAACCCUGAUGUCCUAUUAUGAGUUUCAUUUACCUCUCUCAUUUGUGGGAUGAAUAUCUCAAAGAACAGUGAUGAAUGGACUUGUACGUCAAAAGUUCUACAGUUCUACAAUUCUUCAUCCUAAGUGUAAUGAGGAUAAGACUUACACAGCACUGUUUUCAGACCACUGCUUAAAAAAAUUUACCAACCACGACAAUAACUACUAAUUUAAUUUCGGUCACUUAUUUCAUUAGAUACAACAAGAAGUUCAACGCAGGAGAUAUGUCUCUAAGUAUUCCUCAGGAGGGUUGCUUCUGUCCUGAAGGAACCACCUUAUUCAACCAAGUCCAUCAAAAAUGUGUCCCCUCAUGCGGUAAGCAGAAGAAUAAACUUUCUUUUGAUGGGUCAUGAAAUAUUUCACACCAACACUGACACAUUUGCAAACUAAUGGUCUCUGUUUGAUACUCAGAUUGUGUUGGACCUGAUGGAGGACCAAAAUUGGUGAGAGUUCAGCCUCAAACAUACAACACUGAAUACACCAUCUAAGAAGAGCUGUGUGUCUAACCUGGGUAUUCUCUCUCUUAUUCUUGCUCUCUCUCUCUCUCUCUCUCUCUCUAAUUCUUAUUCUUGUUCUCUGUCUCUCUCUGUCUCUCUCUCUCUUAUUCUCUCUCUCUCUCUCUCUCUCUCUCUCUCUCUCUCUCUCUCUCUCUCUCUCUCUUUCUUUCUUUGCCAGCCUGGUGAGAAAUGGAUCUCCAACUGCCAGGACUGUGAAUGUAACAAUGACUCCAUGAGUGUCCAGUGUGAACCAAUUAUCUGCUCAACACCCUUGGUUCCUGACUGCAGUGAGCCCGGACAGAAGCUGGUCACCAAGAAAGUUGACUGCUGCUCCAAACAUUCAUGUGGUAAGUGUGUAGUGUUGUAGAAACAGAUCACUGACACCAAACCACAAGGUUAGAAAUAUGAGCACAAGAAACAGCACACUAUGUGUCAAAACAUUGUAAAUGGUAUCUAAUGGUGCCAGAGACUAGAACUACAAACCUCUCCUGUAGUCCAAAAUACCACAACAGAGACCCUGGACUGUGGAUCAGCUGAAGUGGUCCAUCAAUCAAGACUGUGAAAGAAAUUACCUCCAAAGCUUCAACAGUCAGUUUCCUCAUUUACACAGUUUACCAACUUCAUUAGAAUAGGGGUUUGUACUCAUGGCCUGACUAUAACUAUAAAUACAAAACAAUAUUAAACAUUACUUAACAUUACUGCUGGCUGCUUCACUAAGUAAGUAAACCGUUUGUGUUUUCACCUCUCUUAAGUAGCCACAGUGGUUUUUGUUAUAUUUCUGUGAUCAUUUCGGUACGACACAGACUGGCCAGACUGGUUGUACAUAACAGCACAAUGAUAUACACGCACCAUGUCCAUCAAGUAAUUUAAAGAUAAAAGAGGGUAAAUCUCCAACACAAAUCAUUCUGUCCUCCUCUUCACUACAGAAUGCGACGUAGCCCUGUGUCCUGAAAAAAUGACCUGUCCCCUGGGCUUCGAACUCAACAUCACACAGGGCAUCUGCUGUCAAUCCUACGUGUGUGGUAUGUGAAUUUGCUCUGCCCCACAGCAGGUUGGGUGUUCAUUGUGGUGAUUCAGAAAGAAGGGAAUCACCUUUGUGGUUCAAGUUAAAACUGUUAAGUUACCUUGUGAACCCUGUCCAUCAAGACCUCAUUGGACUGUGGCACCUCCUACGUCCUUUCUGUUCUUUCUCCAUUUAUACAUAAGCAGUAUUUUACGACGGAAAAAAAAGAAGGGGUUUUGUAGCAGGAUGCAAAUAAUCAGCACAACGGACACAACAAUCAUAAUGAAUUACGAUGAAGGAAACCUCAGUUUCUUUUGCUGAAGGUCUCUUUGCCUUUGAAAGUCAGAUGGAAGUGCACGUUUUAAUUCAGUCCAUUUUGUAACCAGUAAAAACCUCCCCGUAGAGCUUUGAAGUUUUGAUUGUCAUAUUUUGAUAUUUAGAAGUGAUUUUUUUUUUCUCAGAAAAUCAUAUUGACACAAAAAUUUGGAUACUGACCUGAAUUAUACUGUUUGUGUUUUUGCAGUUCCUAAAGGUGUUUGUGUCUAUCAAGGCACUGAGUACAUGGUAAGUGAACAGUUUGGAGUCUAGACAUUAAUUAUGAAGUCUGAAAAUGUUGAGGUGUGAUAUGAUAGGGGAUCAGUCUAAGAAAUAAAACCAGUGUGCAAAUUCACAGUUUAGUCAUGAAUGUGUCAACCCUUCUGAGACUAUAUCCCUAAGUUUCAUGUGUUCUGUUUACCCUGUUGGGGUUCUGAUUUUCACAACUUUUCUUUAUCACAUUGUGUACAAUGGUAAUGGUAACAGUUAAUGCUAAAUGUUCUUUGAACAUUGACCCCAUAACUUUAGGAAUAAUAGUAAUACAGCGCUUACACUCAAAAUUGCCCAUGGUUACGAUAUAGGGGCCUUUUAAAAAAUUAGUUAACUUAGCUGUUAAGGAGGACUGGCGAAGUAUUCAGAGGGAAUCAGGGUGCAAUUAAAAGUAACAUCGUUACUUUUCUAACUUCUUUUCUAUGAUAGCCAAAGUGUAACUGUGAAACUAUUUUAGUUUUAAUUUGCCCUUCUGAAUUAUAAUGCACUCAGUAGAGAUUAUGUCAAAACAAUGGUGAAUAAGUAAGUGGAAUUAAGCUUUUUUUUAUUUACAGCUCAAAGUUUGAGCAGUUAAAAUAAAAAGAUAUCAGUGUAGAAAAAUUCAACUGAUAAAAAAUGCUUACUUUAUACUGUUUCAGCCAAAUUCAACAAUCCCAGUACCUGAACAUCCAUCAGGAUCAACAACAACAGAGCAACCAGCAGGAGCUACUACAGGUGGAGCUGGACAACAAAGUAGAGGAACUACAUCAGAAUCUGGAGAACAGGGUGGAGGAAAAACUACAUCUGAAUCUGGACAACAGGGUGGAGGAAAAACUACAGCAGAAUCUGGACAACAGGGUGGAGGACGAACUACAUCAGAAUCUGGACAACAGGGUGGAGGAAAAACUACAUCAGAAUCUGGACAACAGGGUGGAGGAAAAACUACAGCAGAAUCUGGACAACAGGGUGGAGGAAAAACUACAGCAGAAUCUGGACAACAGGGUGGAGGAAAAACUACAGCAGAAUCUGGACAACAGGGUGGAGGAAAAACUACAUCUGAAUCUGGACAACAGGGUGGAGGAAGAACUACAGCAGAAUCUGGACAACAGGGUGGAGGAAAAACUACAGCAGAAUCUGGAGAACAGGGUGGAGGAAAAACUACAGCAGAAUCUGGAGAACAGGGUGGAGGAAAAACUACAGCAGAAUCUGGAGAACAGGGUGGAGGAAAAACUACAUCAGAAUCUGGAGAACAGGGUGGAGGAAAAACUACAGCAGAAUCUGGAGAACAGGGUGGAGGAAAAACUACAGCAGAAUCUGGAGAACAGGGUGGAGGAAAAACUACAUCAGAAUCUGGAGAACAGGGUGGAGGAAAAACUACAUCAGAAUCUGGAGAACAGGGUGGAGGAAAAACUACAGCAGAAUCUGGAGAACAGGGUGGAGGAAAAACUACAGCAGAAUCUGGAGAACAGGGUGGAGGAAAAACUACAGCAGAAUCUGGAGAACAGGGUGGAGGAAAAACUACAUCUGAAUCUGGAGAACAGGGUGGAGGAAAAACUACAGCAGAAUCUGGACAACAGGGUGGAGGAAGAACUACAGCAGAAUCUGGACAACAGGGUGGAGGAAGAACUACAGCAGAAUCUGGACAACAGGGUGGAGGAAGAACUACAGCAGAAUCUGGACAACAGGGUGGAGGAACAACUACAGCAGAAUCUGGACAACAGGGUGGAGGAACAACUACAGCAGAAUCUGGACAACAGGGUGGAGGAACAACUACAGCAGAAUCUGGACAACAGGGUGGAGGAAAAACUACAGCAGAAUCUGGACAACAGGGUGGAGGAAAAACUACAGCAGAAUCUGGACAACAGGGUGGAGGAAAAACUACAGCAGAAUCUGGACAACAGGGUGGAGGAAGAACUACAGCAGAAUCUGGACAACAGGGUGGAGGAAAAACUACAGAAGGAGCUGGACAACAGGGUGGAACAACAACAGGACAGCCUUUUGUUCCUGGGCCCUGUCAGGAGUGCUAUUGUGGACCCAGGAUGGACCCAGUCACCAAGCUUCACAUCAUUGAAUGCAAACCCAUUGUUUGCAAUAAAACCUGUCCAGAAGUAAGUCAAACAAAUGCAAAAGCCAACCUCCCCCAUUUUUUAUUUUUAGUUUUUUCAGAAGCAAUUCAAGAUAGUGUUGACACUGAUCAUGUACAUGAAACAAACAAUUUUAUCCAGCAUUCAACAUUGCCUCUCUUUUUUUUCUUAAGCCAGUCCUAACCUGAAGAAUAUAUAGCCAAGCAAAAAUUAUUAUGUGCCCGCCAAGCCAGCCUUGCGAGCAAGGUAUGCACAUAUUGUUAUCAACCGGGCAGGCUCAGUAACGGCCCCAAAAUGCAAAGCAGCACAACCCGGUAUAGUGCAUUCAGACAUGACAUGGCGACGCUAGACGCCAAAAAGGAGCGAAAAUUUCGCCAUGUAAGCAGAUGGGAGAGGGCGGGGAAAAAAAAAACAAUUCUUUGCAUGACUUUGACGCCUUGCCCUGUCGCCAUACUUUGAUGUAGAAGUGAAAAUUGUAACACCCGACCUGUGAUUUCAAAAGUGUAGACAGCUCGUCCAUAUCUGAUACGGUUUGGCCACAGUAACUGUUCAAGCAAGGUGUGCAAACGAGGAUUUUCCAUUUUUAGAGUGAUGACUCAUUAUUUUAUAGUGAAGAGAAGUUAACGUGUAAUCCCAAUUUUUAAUUUAUAAAUCACUGCCACGACCACAAUUUUCGUUCGACACACACAAAUUGUACAUCAAAAAGUAGCAAAUCUAUCAGACGGACAGAAAAUGUGGACCUUGAAGCUGCGAGAUGCUCAGUUUUCAAGCUACAAGGUUUUGUUUGGGAGGAGGUACCUGUUUCACCUCCAUCCAUUCAAAAAGAACACAAAUGCUCCACAUCCAACUGUUGCUCAUUUUCUCUGAACAACUCAUGCUCCUGCCUAACCAUAUAGUGUAGCAACUUGUCCUUCUGAUAUGUUGUAGCUGUAUUCAAGCAACUUGUCCCUCUGAUAUGUCGUAGCUGUAUUCCAGCAGUCGCUCAUAGUCCAAAGUUUAUUCCGAUACAACAUGUAGUUUGUCAGCAACAAGCCUUUUGUGGGCACUAGUGAGAUAUCAAGAUUCCUAUUCAAAGUGAAUGGAGCUGCUGAAAACAUGGGGCAGUCACCAUAUUUGGAGCUUGAUUGUGAUGUCAUACUUUGAGGUAGAAAUGUGAUUUGAACUCUGACCUUUAGAUGAGACCCGUACCCUUCAACCUGUGAAAACCGCAUUUCAAUAUCUCUUACGGUUUUCCUACAAAGUGAGUUUGUUUGGGCUAGUCCUGUCCUAAGCAGGCAGAGGCUCAGUGAGGCUAAGUCUGUGUCACAGGUGAGCUGCAGGUGCACUGUGACCAUGGAGACAAUUCCCACUCAGAGCACAGGGCCUGCCCACCUGGUCUUGAUUGACAGCUGUCUUCCAGACACCACAACAUAGAGACAGCCGGAUUGCCUUGAGUUUCAAGUCAGAUUCAUGACAAAGGCCCUUAAUCACCAAUGCUUUGACAUAUCAGCACCAUAUUUGACACUUCCCCUUGUGACCCCACACUAUGUCCCAUUGGCUGCCAUCUUGGAUGACCCGACCAUCCCCAAAUAAGAAAUUAAGAUGAAGAUUAAGACUAAGAAGAACUUUAUUUAUCGCGGAAGGGAAAUUCAAUUGUCUGUUGUCUCACGUAAUAUGUCUCUAAAAGCUAUCUACUAUUUAAACAAGGGUUAUUAAGUCUGAUGGCUGUUGGUACAAAAGAUCUUCUGAAUCUUUCUGUCCUGCAGUGUAGAGAGAGGAACUGUCCACAACCAUUAGCCCUUUGAUUCAUCAGGGUGUUGUGAAGUGGGUGAUCGCUGUUCUUUAUAAUAGACUCCACCUUCCUCAGUGUAGAUCUCGCCACCACAUCCUCCACUGAGCCCAGCUUGAGUCCAAAAACAGAGCCAGCCUUUUUCACCAGUUUGUUAAGACGUCUUGCAUCUUUGUGUUUGAUGCUUCCUCCCCAGCAGACUGCAGCGUAGAACAGAACACUGUAGACACCACAGGCUGAUAAAACAUCUGCAGCAUCUUACUACAGAUGUCUAUUGAUCGGAGUCUUCUCAGGCAAAAGAGGCGGCUCUGCCCCUUUCCAUAGAUGAAGUCUAUAUUCUUAAACCAGUCCAACUUAUUAUCCAGAUGUACACUAGGGUAUUUAUAUGAUGUCACCACUUCGAUGUCCACUCCACAGAUGUUCACUGGCUGAAGAGGGGGUUUGGAGUCUAUGACCAUCUCCUUUGUCUUUGAGGUGUUGAAGAUGAGGCACUUUUUGUGACUCCAGUCACUGAAGGCUCUUAUUAGAUCUCUGUAUUCAGCUUCUUGUUCAUUUCUGAUACAUGCCACAAUAGCAGUGUCAUCUGAGUAUUUCUGGAUGUGGCAGGACUCAGUGCUGUAUUUGAAGUCUGACGUAUACAGUGUGAACCGGAAUGGUGCCAGCACUGUCCCUUGUGGAGCCCCUGUACUGUUCAUUAAUGUCCCAGAAACAGUUUCCCAGCCUGACAAACUGUGGCCUUCCUGUCAGGUAAUCUGUGAUCCAGGAAACACAGGAAGGGUCCACUCCCAUCUCUGUGAGCUUGUCUUUGAGUAUGGUGGGUUUGAUGGUGUUGAAUGCACUUGAAAAGAACAUGAUCCUCACAUAAACCCCAGGUUCCUCCAGAUGAGACAGGGCACGGUGAAGCAUGUAGAGGACAGCAUCGUCCACUCCAAUAUGUUCUUUGUAUACAAACUGCAGGGAAUCCAGUUUGUCUCAGACCUCAGACCUCAGAGGGUGUAGAAUCAGCUGCUGCAGGGUUUUCAUGAUGUGUGAAGUGAGGGCCACUGGUCUGUAGUCAUUGAGUUCAGCAGGACAUUUUGUUUUUGGUACUGGCACAAUGCAGGAUGUUUUCCACAGAGCAGGUACCUGCCACAGCUGUAGACUCAGGUUGAAGAUCCUGCGGAGAGGUUGACACAGUUCUGCAGCACAGUCUCUAAGCAGCCUUAGACACACACCAUCUGGACCAGCUGCCUUCCCAGGACAAAGUCUUCCAAGCCCCAUCCUCACCCGUGUUUCGGUGACAGACAAAGACUGGUGUUCUAGGAGGGAGGCAGUUGAAGUGGUUGAGACAUUUGAACAAGAUGGAGGAGGAACAUGAGAAGUUGAAGUGGAGAUUUGUUGAGGAGAGGAAGGUGGAGUUGCAGUGGAAGUGGGUGUGACAGCAGAAUCAAAUCUGUUAAACAGGUUGAGUUCAUCAGCUCUUUCCAGAUCACCCACCACUGGCUGUCUUUUCUUUUGACUGCUGUGUCCAGAGAUGGUACUGAUUCCUCUCCACACUUCAUGGAUGUUGCUGUGUUGAAGAUUAUUCUCUAUCUUCUUUUUGUACUCCAGCUUUGCCAUCUUCAGUCUCCUCUUCAACUCUUGUUGCACUUGUUUGAGUCAUUCUUUGUCGUCAUCUUUAAAAGCUUUCUUUUUCUGGUCAAGGAUUGUUUUUAUGUCACUUGUCAUCCAGGGUUUGUUGUUGGGGAAACAGCGAACAGUCUUUGUAGCUAUAACUGUGUCUCUACAGAAGUUGACAUAAUCAGUAAAGCAGUCAACCUGUUUAUCAAUGUUCAUACUAUCCACAUCUGUUUCCAGCAGCACAUUCCAGUCUGUUGAUUUAAAACAGUCCCUAAGAGCUUCACUGGUUUGAGGUGUCCAUCUUCUAAUUUUGACUUUGGUCACAGGCUGCCUCAGCACACAAGAUCUGUAACAGGUUUGCAGAUAGACCAAGUUAUGAUCUGACUUGCCCAGUGGUGGUAAGGCAGUGGCUCUGUAGGCUUCUUUGACGUUGGCAUACAGCAGAUCCAGGGUUUUGUUUUCUCUGGUAGGACAGUUCACAAACUGUGUGAAUCCAGUCAGGUGAGAGGAGAGGGUGACAUGGUUUAAGUCUCCCGAUAUUAUUAUUAAUGCCUCUGGGUGUUGAGUCUUUAGCCUGGCAACACUAUUUUGCAAAACAUCCCACAGAAUUUCUUCAGUUCAUUUGGGUGGAAUGUAAACAACUACUGUUAUGAUAUGACUAAAGUCUCUUGGAACAUAAUAUGGCUGAAGAGCAACUGCCAACAGUUCAAUAUCUGGACAACACAACUUCUCCUUGACAGUUAUGUGUGAAGGGUUACACCAUCUCUGGUUGACAAAUAAAGCCAGACAGCUCUACACAGUCCAGUUGCCUGUUUUAAGUCUUCAAGAUAAUAAAGCCAUACCUCCUCCUUUCUUCUUGCUACUAACAUGAGCAUCUCUGUCUGACCUUAUGAGAGUGAAGCCAGGUAGAUCCACACUGGAGUCUGAGUUGGUUUAAUUCAACCAGGUUUCAGUGAAACACAGGAAACUGCACUCACGGUAUGCUUUCUCAGUCUUCACCAAUAUCUCCAGUUCAUUGCGUUUGUUGGGCAGAGAGUUGACGUUUCCCAUGAUGACUGAUGGAAGAAAGGGUUUAUAUUGCCACCUCCUAGCAUUCAGCUUUGCCUUCACCUUUGCAUCAGCACAACAACCACGAUAAAACCUCAUGAUGUCCUCUGGAAUUGUAUGUUGUUGUCCAGAUUUGCUUUUCCUCAAUGAAAGGAGCUCUUCUCUUGAGUAAACUCUUCGUCCAACAAAACUAUGAAAAAAAAUCUGGCUAAAAUUACAGAUAAUACUGAGAGACCAGACUUGCAGCAACCUCUCAGUUCAAGCGCAUCAUUUGAAUAUGAUAUGAUUUAUAGCCCUUAACACAUUAAUGCCCUCGUGUAUCUCCACCCAAAACAUGGCCUAAAUGUGAGUACAUCAGUGGCAAGCAGCAGCAAAUGGGCAAGCAGGCACAAAUCAAAAUUUCCAUGGAAUUUUCUAGUUUCUAUUGUUAUUUCAUUAUGAAAUGUGCUUGUUGUCAACUGUUGUCAAAGAUAAGAGUAUCUUUGCAGAUAAAUGAAAAUGCUGUGUCCAUCUGUGUGCUCUGAGGUACAUCAGUGUAAUUUGAUUAAGUUAAUCUCUCAACCAUAGACUGUAUAAAGAAUGGACAGAGUCUGCCUCCUUGCUAGCCACUCCGAGAACAGCACCCUCUGUUGACGGGCUGCAGUAUAGGUCAUAAAUCCCACCUCCGCCAGCAAAGCUUAUGGGGCUGUAGACAAACUUUAUAAAUUUAUUACAUAGAACAUGAAUUUUUCUAUAUACAGUAUAUACAAUCUAUGCUCUCAAUAGACAAGCACGACCAGACAGUAAAAUGCAGUUUUCCAACUGGAAAACCAUAGGCAAUAAGUAUUUAAAUCAAGUUUAGCGUUGGUUCAAGCUUAGGUGACAGUAAAUUAGCUAAACCUUACCAUAGGCUGCAUAAUAACAGAAGAAUUAUCAUCCAGUUAUUCCUAAAGCACUUUUGAAGCUGAACAGCGGCUGUCCCCCAUAUUGGUAAUGUUUAUCUAUGUGCCUACCUGUCAAUCAAAUCAGAUGUGCCUCUUAAUUGCCAAACUUGUAACAAUAAUUAAUUCAGCUCAAGCUCAAUAUAUAUAUAUAUAUAUAUAUAUAUAUAUAUAUAUAUAUAUAUAUACUACAGGCCAAAAGUUUGGAAGCAAGGCCAUCACAGGCCAAACAGUUGGGAGUAACUUCGAGUUUUUGCUCGCAAUGCUUUUUUCAGUCAUGUCAUUGCUGUUCCUGAUGGCCUAUUUUGUACUAAGGGAUAAGUGUUCCUUACUCAUGCCAAGAACUAGAGUUGAGGGCAAUGAGUGCUCAGUGAAUUUUUAGUUUAUAAUUCUCUAUUUAUUCAACACCUCCAUUUUGGACCUGUUUAGACCUUGUUUGCUUCUGUGUAUGACUUUAGUGGCAUGGUUCUCCAUUUAAGCUGCAUAGCCUCCUCUCCUCUGCUGGUGCUUUCAUGUAAGCAGAUGGAGGCCUGGGAGAUUUGCCUGUGUGGCUGUUUAUCUGCUUUUUCUGCUGGUCUCCAUACUGCCAAACAAAUGUAAGUAAUUUAUUCUUGGGGGGGGGGGGGGGGGAGGUCCUAACUGAACUAGCUUAUUUUGCCCCAAUCUUUGACUGUGUUCUUUAGCACAUGUGUAAUGCACAGUUAACGGCCUGUAUUUGUGAUCAUGGACCCUCAGCGAUACGUGUAGGUGGAUUUGAUAGUGAUCAUUCAUUUUACUUGAGUUAAAUUUAAAGACGUUGGUGUACAUUUUUCAUGUUUACAAUGGUACAGUAGAAAUUGCAGAUGAUGCUUCGUGUAGGUGUCAAGGCAAAAGCUUUUGGUUUUAAUUGUGCAAGUACAUUUGCUGAUCCAGCACAGUUCAAGGUUAGAUCAAUUUGCAAGUAAGGGGGAUGUUUUUAGGUGUUCAGUUUAAUGUUAACAACACAGAUUCCACUUAUUUGUUAGGCUAAUCUAGAGAUAGUGGGUAACUACUUUUUAAACACACUGAAUAUGAAUAAAAGGGCGUGAUUUUUUUUUUCUAGUCCACCUAAUUCAUUAAGCAGCCAUUCCAGAGGACAAUAUCAAAGUAAAUGCCACUAUGUUAUACAUUUAGGUGCAAGAUGGAUCCUAAAUAUACUCCUGUUAGCAGUGAGGGCGAUAAUAUAAAUACCAUGAACCUGGUUAUAGGCAUGUCACUGAAAGAAACCUGUAAAAAGAAAACACAUCUGAUAACUGACACACCAAAAUUUCUGACACUAGUUUGCAGAGCAAUAAAAUGGACAGAGCACAUCAAAAAAUGAAGCCUCUGAGUCUAGUUUUUACUUAGGUGAUUAUUGUAGACUGUGUGAACCAAGACUUGUGCCAUAGUAACCCUGAUAUUAUAUUUGGUUAUCUAUUUUAGUGCCCUUUGUUCUGGGUCCAUGUAUUAUCCUUCCAUUCAAUUAUUCCAUUCAAUCUAGUAAACGAAAAACGAAAAAACAAGUCAAUAUUUUAUUUAUUUGUUUUUCUGUAUAACCAAAAAAUAAAAAAUUAGUCUUUGUUUUCGUAUUUUCAGCUCAAACCAGAAUAUAUAAUAGAGAAGGAAACGGAAAUGAAAUAAUAAAUCUUAUUUACAAUUAUUUAUUUUCAGUGCGCCUGUUUUGAGCAUACAUGCAUGGAGGCUACACUGGCUUUCCCAUGAUCCUCAGAGACAGUUACCAUGGCUAAAGAUGCGACAGAGCGGUUUGAGCGCCAAAAUCUUACGUUGUAACAGAGCUCUGGUUGUAAUUUUUUCAACAGUCAUAUCUUCCUCCUUCAGCGUGACCCUCCUGGCAGCUUUGAAUAAUACGUAGGAUGCGUCCAUCUCCAUGACAGCAGGGUAGCCUUUCUCAACUGCUCUGGCCUGGAGUUUUUGGUCCGCGUUGUUGGCUGCUUUGUUGCACAAUGCGCAUGUGCAAACAGUAGAAAGGCACUGUGGGAAAUGGGGGACAUCAAUAACCGGAAAACAAAAGUAGAUUUUUUUAUUUUGUUUUCGUUUCCAUCUCUAUUAUAUAUUCUGUUUUGAACUGAAAAUAAGAGAAAAAAAAAACACUAAUCAAUGAUUUUUGGUUAUACAGAAAAACAAAUAAACAAAAUAUUGACUCAGAUUUUCAUUUUUCGUUUUCUAGAUUGAAUGGAAUAAUUGAAUGGACAGAUAAUACACAAAACGUUUUAAUUUGAAUUUUGUACAUCACCCAAAUGUGACUGUUGUCGAUAGACUCCAGAUUUUGAAUAUGAUUCUUUAGGUUUCAGCCAUAUUUCACAAAUACAUGAAGUUGAAUUUGUUUUAAAGCUUUUAAUUUUAACCAUAACAUGCCAUACCAUUUUCAAAAAUAUGUCUGACACCACAGUUCCUUGAAAAAAACACAUUUUAUUGCUGACUGCUUCAGGAUAAAAGAUCACUGGCACAAAAGGCUUAAGACUGUUUUCAAAGUUCCUGUAUUUGAAAGUUAAGGGCGGGAUGUCAUCAAAUAGGAUAAAUUGUCAGAAAUCAAGACAGCUGUUCUCCUGUUUCCUUUUCCUUACUCCUUCACUCUUGUCUUUCAGGGUUUUGAAUACGAGGAUGUACCUGAUAAGUGUUGUGGAAAGUGUGUCCAGAAGAGCUGCUUCCUCAUUGCACCUGACAACAAAACACAUAUCAUUGAGGUCAGUAAUGCUGUUCUAAGCUUCAACACUCAUUCUUUUGGAAAGCCACUGAUCAGUUUUAGUAGUCUAUUUAAAUUAAAGGCUAAAAUUUAAGACUUGCUUUUUUCCCCAAAUGUUAGUUUGGAAUUGCUUGAAUACGGCAAAUUUAAAAAAAAAAAGUGUCUGCCAAAAGCAAACUAAAUCAUCUUUGUCUCAUUUGAUUGUUUUAGGAUUGGGUUAUUUUCCUUUGGUGCAAAUGAGGUUAAAUUAAAUCCAAGUCAGGAUGGCAUCUGAGCUAAUAAAGUUUUUGUACUUAGCUUUUGCUUUCUGUUAUUUUACAGGUCAAUGAAACAUUUACUCUUCCUGGUGAAAAGUGUGUGGAGUAUGCCUGUGCCAAUAUCAAUGGACAGCUCAUCACUCAGGAGACCAAAACUGUUUGUCCUAAAUUUGACCCCCUGGAUUGUGAACCUGUGAGUAAAUCAGACAUCUGCAUUUUAUACACCUGACCUGUCUCAACACACCGCCCAUAUCUUACACAUGUGUCUUCCUCCUCCAGGGUACAGAGACAACUGACUCUAGUGGAUGCUGCAAAACCUGUAAGUUAGUAGAGGAUUGUGCUGUGUGUCAUUACCGGACCGUCUUUGAACCACUGACAAGAACAAAUGUUCUGUUCUACAGGCAAGCUGCGCAGUGUGUGUGAGGUCCUCCAUAAGCAACAAGUCAUCAAAGUGAAUGACUGCGUGAGCAAGAAGCCGGUCAACAUGACGUACUGUGCUGGUCACUGUGGAAGUAGAUCCAUGUAAGUGUUUUAACAACCAGAUAUGAAGUCAAUUUUGACCACUCAAAGAUGCACUUUUAAAUCCAGGAUCAUCUUUUUAAGUGUUGAAGUGAAGCUUCUGUAACAGCUUUAUGUGCAUUAUUGUGCAUUACACAAAUACAGUGUUGGAUGUGACCCAAUUGGCAGACUGAUACUUCUCCAAAUAUCAUGCAACCUCUUAUACAGCAGCCUCAUCCUUUGUGUCAGUACAACUUCUAGUGAACACGACUUAAAUAGAUUUCUAUUUUCAGUGACCCCUGAAAGGCAUUUUUUUUAUCAGUGCAUGUUAAGGACUGUAUGUCAGACUGUCCUGGGUAGCUUAGAUUAUCCAAAAUUGAUACUACAAAAUUGAACCAUCUGAACUAAAUGAAAUGAAUGUUUAAAAGCUGGCUUGGGAUCAACAGUUUACUCAGCAAGUUAUUAUUGAUUUUGGUUCUUGAUCAACACUUGCACUCCAAUCUUCCCAAGAAGAUUGAAAAUGAAAAAAAAUAAAUAAAUAGAUGAAUGAAGAGAGGUAUCAACCUGCUAUUUCAAGAAACAGUGUAGUGAUUUACAGCAAAUAUUCAUGGUCAAUGUUGCAGUAUGACUCAUUAGCUUUGCUGAGGCCACAAAGCUGUAGAACUUCAUGGGUAUUAGACAAUAAAGAUUCAACACUACAGACGAAAAUGUGAUGUUUACUGCCGUGAUUGGUGGUAAAACUGUUAUUGGUGUGUGUUUGCAGGUAUUCAGCUGCUGCUAACGGGAUGAUUCACGAGUGCCAGUGUUGCCAAGAAGCCACGACCAGUGAGAGCAAGGUGGAGCUUGACUGUGCAGAUGACACCAAGGUUUAUCACACCUACACCAUAGUGGAGAGCUGUCACUGCCUCAGAGCAGAGUGUGUGGGAGGAACAACAUAUGUGCCGAUAAAGCGCCGCAGAAGACGUUGA